AUGCAGAAGAGCGUCCGCUACAACGAGGGGCACGCGCUAUUUCUGUCGGUGGUCGCGCGUAAAGAGGGGACUAAGCGCGGCUACCUGUGCAAGAAGACUACUGAGAACAGCCGAUGGCACGAGAAGUUCUUCGCCCUCUACCAGAAUAUACUUUUCUACUUCGAGAACGAGCAGAGCGCGCGACCAGCCGGGAUUUACCUGUUGGAAGGAUGCACCUGCGAGCGCACGCCGGCGCCCAAGAUGUCCACCACUGGGAAGGAAGCGCUGGAGAAACAGGUGAGAUGUUCAAAGAUAUGGAUAAGGGUAAAGGCACCAAACACUGAGUCAAAAACCUACACUCUUUUUUUUAUCAUCUGAAGGUACAACUUACUAAAAUUUGCUCAACUCGGGUGACAUAAACAUGAAGCAAACUGGUGUAGCGCUGAUUGAUGAUGUAACACAUUCAGUCAACUCGCACCAAAGCUAAUAUCUGCUGUUUUAUGAUCAUUUGUGGUCACUGUAGAUAUAGAUGACCGUUUUAAUGUGAAGCUCUUCGAAAUCAGAAGACUUCAAACUUCUGGAUCUAAUUGUUACGUCACCCUCAGGACGAAGCCAAUAAAAAAGUGGUUCGUGCAACAUCAGCACCUCGCUUUCCACAGUUUCAACAGGCUCUGCAGUGACAAGAGCCUCAAGCGCAUCCUCCCUGAGCAGGUGAUAUAGUCCCCAAUGGUUUAAGAUGUGCAAAUGGGGGCAGGCUGGUGGAGGAGAGGGGUUUCCCAAAGCAUUUCUUAUUUUAAUUCAAAAAAGAAACACUCACUUUUCAGCUGUAGUUCUGCUUUUUAAUUUAACUGCUUUUUCGGAUUUGUCCAUAUAAACUUUGUUUGGAAACUGAAGGAGAAAGUCUUUACAUGUCAAAUUCUUCUCUGUCUGACAAAGUGGAAGUAAACUAUUGCAGAGGCUACAGCAACUGGCUCAUGUAUUUCACACCACGAAUACUUACAAGUUAGGAUGGCACAUUUCCUCUUCACAUCGUGUAUAUUUUAUAUGCUGUUGGGCCAUCACUUUAAUAAAUCCAUAUCAUCUUUACAGCGAUUAAAUAUUGAUUUUCACACCGCCAUGUUUUUGGAGCUCUUACACAAUCAAGAUGACUUCUUUCUAGCUACACUAACUGCAGAAAGGCAUUAAAAGUGUCUUUUAAUAUGUGAGCAGACCUAAACUAUUAUUGAAAACAAAGGUCUGCAUGUUUGUACAUAUUGGGUUUUUAAUCAUAAACCCAUAGAUCUGCAGCUGGAAAUCUGGGGGUAAAUGUGUCAAUGACCAUGCUGCAGGAACAUGCCAUCUUGUUGCUAGGAUACAUGUGAAUUAAGAUUUCCACAUGCAUUUCAUUGAGAAAAAAAGAAAUGUCUGGUCACAAGUACACCAUCAAUACUGGAGCUCCAUCAGUGAAAGAAGUGGCCGUAACUGGAGUGGGGGAAAGACAAGAACUUCACUCCAUUAGAAAAGAAAACACUCUAGAUUUUUGUCUCUGAUCCCAGCUUGGCCUUAGGGACUGUAUGCAUCUGUCUGCACAGGCAUUAAUGCAGAGGAGGGAGCACUGACUUUUCACAGUUUGUGUAAGUACCAGGAGGACAAUGAAGUGAAUACAUGUACAGCCAACCAUUUAAGGAGUCAAAAAUAGCCACCAAUCAUCAUCAUCACAGAGAAAAUAUCCCUCACCACACACUCCCACCUACUUGUACAGGAGAGGUCUGCCUCUUUAAAUGUACAGUACAUGGAUGUACAAUUCAUUCCAGAUGUAUGCAAAUGGAGGAAAACCAGACUUUAGGAAGAACAUGGUUUUAAUCAAGUCAUUUAUGAAGGGAGGAGGGGGCAUCUGUUUUCAUUGUGGAUUUCUGGGGUUAGGUUAUAAAUCAUAAUGAAAGGGGGGGUGAAUUUGUUUGCAAUUCUGUUUUCAGCCAAAAACUUGGUUUUCCUAAUGUUACUAUAACAAGGAAUGAUAAAAAUCUUAUUCUACUGUCUUUUUACAUAAUCACAGUGGCUGUCUCACUCUCUCCACAUCUGACUAGGUCUCACACUACAGCUGUGAUGUUUAAUUAGGGUUAUUUUUAAAUGAAGCUCAGCUGAAUGGCUUGUGUGCUGCUUUGUAACAUACUGUCCACAUACAAAGCCACGCACAAGAGAGAGAAAAAAAAAAAACAACAGUUACAUAAACUCAGUGUUUUAAGGCCUAGUGUGUCCUCUCAGUGGAGAGCGCAGUUCAGUCUGAUCUGUCUUGUGCUAUGGCUGGGACAAAGUGUGAGAAGGCACUUCCACGCUUCCAUCUUGCUCUUCGCUGUUAUUCUGUGCAGUCGAGUGAGUCUGCCAGCAACCUGCAGUAUCACACCCCCACAGUGGGCCACAAUGCAAGCACACAAAUAACACACAGCACACACACUGCCUCUUUCUCUGUCUCUCUCUCUCUCUCUCUCUCUCUUUCUGCUGUACUCUCAGAAAAACACAAACCCUUCAUAUCAUUUGACGAGCAUUCAAACCAGUCUGAAUGGUUUCCACAGCGACUGCAGAUGUGCACUGCUGAUGUGAACAGGUAUGAGUUAGCCCGUAAAAAGCUUCAGCUGUGCAGCUGUGUGGAACUUUAAAAAAAAACAAAAAAAAAACAACCCAUCAUCAAGCUUCUGGUCUGUUAUUGAUCCCCAGAGAGAGGGGCAGUUCGUUAGAGGCCAUGAACCAGAGGAGAUGAGCGCUGCUCACAGUGCGGUCUGUUUCUUCAUGAUCACCCAUAUGUCAGAAUUUUGCUGAGCGGUACAAAGGCCUGGUGCUGCUUAUAUAAAAGGUUUCUUUUUGCCAAAUUACAGUAACAUAACAAGCCAGCUCUUGCUUUUGUAGGACUUUCAAGGAUUCGGUCUGGGAACCUCUGCAGUUGUCUUAAUUACUACUUUGUUAUAAUUUUUUGAACAUUCUGGUCUAAUUGAGAAAAAAAGAAACCAUCUUGAUGCUUAUUUUUCCUUGAAUUCUUAGCCUGAGUGCUAAAAUCUGAAGUGCCCAAUGUGACUGCUGUAUAGAUUGUAGCACUAAGCAACCAUAAAACAAACACAAAAAAAUGCACAUCACUUUAUGUGUCAGAUAUGGCUGUGGCUCAGGAAGGCGAACCUUUUUAACCUGAGGUUUGAAAGCAAAUCUCUUCCUUCUGCACCUGCUGUGCCCCUGCUGGGGAGGGGGCUGGUCAAACCACCAGCUAACAUUGACAAAGCAAAAAAAGACUGCAAUUUUGACCCAGAAAUAGGAUUGAGAAUCAUGUGUAUGGUGGCUCGGAAGUGCCAGAAUAGAUCAUAUCUAUAUAUACAUACAUGGUUGUGGAAAAACAUCACUUUGGACUCCACCACUUGAAUCCUUAAAUGGUAAGAUCAUUCUCAGACCCCCUGUCAGUAAUGGACCCUCUGAAUUGCCCUAACUUUCUGCCAUGUGGUGCCCUACUCUGGGCCACCAGAUCACUCUGCAUUCAAAAUAUGAAGUGGAUAAUAAGGUAGACUUUGAAUGGAUAACUACGAGAUAAGCAUAUGUUUCUGUUUAACAUUUGAAGAAUUUAAGGCUCAGCUCACUCAUCAAGGAUGCUUUACGGGAAAAGUACCCAACAUGUCUUUUUGGAAAACUUUUAGCAUGUGGGAUUAAUUCAUACUUUCAGGUCUGCAGAAUUGACCUAAGUUCACCAAUCUCUUUUUUCAAUAGAGCCCAUUUAAAAAAGGUGGGGCGGCACUUUAUAGUUAAAAUGUUGGUGCUGACUUCUUGAUGUGCUAGUAUGAUUAUUUCUCAUUGGAGAUCUCCCUUAGCUCUCAAUGCCCCCCUUAAAAGCUCCCAUUUUUCUCUUAUUGGCACUUAUCUGCAGCAAAGUACCAAUUCUAUUUCUCGGCAGCGUCUUUCAUUUUCUCUGUAUUUUCUUUUCUGGUAUGCCAAGUCUUUGACCCAAUAUUAGUGUCAGAUGAGUAUUAUGGCAUCAAUACAAGUUUUUGUUUUUGUGUUUAAAUCCUGCAAUACUUAAAAACAACAAACAUACAAUGAGACAGUAACAAAAAGAAGAAGAAGCAGACCGCAGUGUUUUUGUAUGGAUGUUUGUUUUCCAUCUUUUAAAGAGUUGGAUGAACGAUGGGUUCCACUGCAUGUUAGUGUGACAAAGACGUACAAAACUCAAGAACUGUUAGCAUAGCUAGCCUUUUACGAAAAAGCCAGUCAAACUCUUUUAAAUCACAAAAACUGACUUGCUCUCUGCUGUAACUAUUUCCAUGUGAACAACAGGUGGGAGAAGUCUUGUUGUCACCAUGUGGUUGCCAGGCAACCAGCUGCACAGUCGAGCUGUGAGAUGAUAAAUCAACUAUUCAGCCCUAAAGGUACCUGAAGGACAUUUCCCCUGGCUCUCAGUCUUAAUGCUAAGCUAUGCUAAUCCCCUCCUGGCUUGUACUGGGUUAAAUAUUUUGACGUCAUAGAUAUUUUUUUCACAAAUAUACUCUCAAGAAAGAAACCAUGACUUUGAGGUGAGAUUACUGCAGUAAUGCUGCUCUGAUUGAUUAUUUGCUGUCUGUCUGAACAGAGAGGCUCAUAGCAAAGGACCCAGACUUACUUAUCACCAGGCUUCUGUACUGUCUGGUCUACAAGGUGUUUUUGUGCCGCUUAGCUCAAUAUUUUAUUCUUGGUAUUAAUGUGACUUUGUCUUAUUUCCUGAAAAAUAAAUAAAUAAAUAAAAAUAAAAAUCUACACAGAAAAUUAAUUUCCAUCUAGUGCACCAUUUAGCAGGCAUUUAUUUACUUAUUGUCAAAAGAUGGGAAGGGUUUCCCAAUAACUAACCAUCCUUCUUUUUAAGUCUGGCUUUAUUGUGUACUACUGUGGUGUCGAGCAGAAGGUCAUGCUGUUGUUCUACCAUGCUGUUCUGGAGAGUAUUAUAAGGUACGGAAUCACAGCCUGGUACGGUAACUUGUCCAGCUGAAGACACAGUUAAACCGUCUGAUACAACAGGCAAUGAAAAAAAUGAAUGUUAAAAAUCACGCUCCUCUCCAAACUAUUUUUGAACAAUCCAUCAUGACACAAGCACGGAAAAUUCUGUCUGAUCCAACUCAUAUUCUCCAUGCAGAGUACCAGCUGCUUCCUUCUGGGAGGAGAUUCAGAGUCCCCCGAUGCAGGCUUAACCGUUUUAAAAAACUCCUUUAUCCCAACAUCUGUUGAGAUCCUGAAUGCGCAGAUGUAGUUGCGACUUCUCUCUUAACUGACUUUUACACUGUCCUUUAUUUAUUCAUUUAUUCACUGGAACUGUGCAAUAGGGCCGUUUGAAUGUGAUGGCGACAGGUUGUGACUGUGGUGUGUUUGUAAAUGUUACUGUUCCUCUUACGACUGCAGAACCAUCAGAGAGUCCAUGUCAAAUUUCAAUAAGGAAUAUGAAAUGAAAUGAAAUACUGACGGACUCAUUGGGUGCUAAUCUGAUCCUAAUCUGCAAUGAUUGAGAGAGAGAGGAGGGGGGGAGGAGAGAUCAUACUGGAUUAUAACUCUCCUUCUCUGAUUAGAUUUGAUCAGUAACCUUAUGCACCUUAAUGGAUUAUGACUCCAUUUGAUAUUUCUAUUCCACCUGCUUUCAGACUAUAGAAAGUUUAUAAAUGGGUGACUAGAUCACACAUAAAUACCAGUGAGUGUGAGAGGGCCAGAGAGAUAGGUUUAAAUGAAGAGCGAGAUCGCAAGAGACAAAACAUAUCCCAUAACCUCAAGUUAUUCGACUACUAAUACAGCUUACAUUUUUACAGCUUACAAAUGUCACCUCCGACUUAACUAAAGUGAUGUCCAAGUUACUUCUUUAAUUAAAUAUCUGUCCUGGAAAGAAGUUCUGAAUAAAAACAUGGUUUGGGAAAAAAAGGUAGAAAAAGCUUUUAUUUUGAAAAUCAAAUGUAGCCUAGACGAUUGGUCUAAAAUCAGGCUACCACAGGUCUAAAAAUGAAAAUUUUUUUAGACGUCUAAAUUUAGACCAAGUUUAGACCAAGUCUAAAUCUGGACUAUAUCUAUACUACACUGUUUAUUGCUCAACGGCUAUCAUAAUUGUUUUGGUUAAGUACUUGGAGAUCAGUUAUGUAACUUUUGAAAUAAACAGUUAUUGAAUAAUGGAUUAAAGUGCACCAUCUCAAUAAAAAUAUACAGAAUCUAGACGGAUGACAUUAGGUCUAAAAAACAAACUAGCCGUCUAAUAGACGACUAUUGCUCAGUGAGGCAGUCCUCAGGUAGUACUGUUGUAGUACUGUGUUUUUUUUUGUUGACAUGUGCACCAAGAGUCAAGCCAACAUGCUUCCUGUGUGAAGCUCCAGUAUAGGGCAGCUACUGUCUGCUGUGGAAACACAAGUAAGAUAAUAGUUAAAAACAAACCAGAAUGCUCAUCCACAAGUCAACUAGUUUAAGGCCACGUGUCAAUGAUGGGUCAGCACUGCCCUGAAGGUGUAGCAAAGAAUAAUGGCAGAAGAAGAGGAUACAUAAACACUCUUCAUAAGGAGUGUGUCAAAUAAACUUGAGAACAAUCUUAAAACGAUUGUUGAGCAGCUUGUUGUGUGUUCUUUUGUUGUCUCCUCAGAGUUUACAGGCUGGAUCAGUUAGUGCACAACAGCAAUUCUCAAGAAAACAGUAAAAGAGAUUUAUGAUGUGUUUAGAUGCCUCUUUGUAGCUGUAGCACUGAGGGAGUCGUAGAGCAAACUCUCCAACCCAGAAACUAUUGCAUUAAGGCAGCUGGCUCAAAAUGAUUCCUCCUGGCGAUGGAGUGACAAAGAGUCCGAUGGGUAAUAUGGAGGGGAAAGCUUGAUUAUAGUGUUAGAUCAUGUACCGUAUGUGUGUACAUGUUUGUGUUGACAUUUUAACAACAGAGUAGGAGGACUCUGAAUAGAAACAGUGGAGGAGGGCAUCAAUCUGUUUAAUCUCUAGAUAACCAGACAGGUAAUCCCUGAUCAGAGUGAUCUGAGGUCUAGGUGCUACGGAUAGCGGAAUCCUUAUAAGCAGCGUGUCUGUGAGAGUUUUGUGUAUGUGUCGCAGUUUUAUGCUUGAGUGUGUGUGUGUGUGUGUGUGUUUCUGUGUGGGUGACAGAGAGUGAGACGGCCCCACACUUUGUUAUUAGAACCUCUUUGCAGGAAGUUAACAGCAUGGAGGCCAAUGAAGAAACAGCAGGAUGUGGGAUGUUGAUUCAGUGAUUGUCACAUUAGCUGCAACAUCAUUAGUUGAAUUCAGUGGUUACAUAAAGCACUGCCUCUGCCGCAGUCAGAUUGAUGUUCUGUAUCUUUUCACAAUGACAAGUCUGCAGGAUAUUAAAAAUCUGAUCUUAUGUUUUAAAGCUUCGCCAAACCUUUUGGAUCUCUGAAAUUACAGGGUCACACACAAAUAUAAACAAACUGAUGAGGAACCAUGUCAGAACUGACAGUCCUCAGGACUGUUUUGCUGUGACAGUAAUAUCUGCAGUGACUGAAUAAAAAAAGGAUGCAGCCUUGGUGACAUCACUGACUUGUUUCUGAAGCAUUUUAUGGCAAUCUACAUACUGGAAACUUACAGUUAUCUCCAUAGAUGUGUUAACCAUACAUACAUGAUGGUUUCAGUAAGGUCAGUUUGUAGUUACAUUAUAUCCAAGUCAGUAAAUAAUUGUGAGUUUUCUUAAAAGUCACUCUUGGGUUAGGAGGAAAAGAUGGCCACCGAGGCAGCAGAGGUGGUAUCAAGGUGUCUGUGGGUCAGGAGAGGAGAACUGUGGGUGGGAUAGAGCUGCCUGGACACAAGUCGAGACUUGUUUAACCCUGGAUGGGUCUCCUGGGAGAGGGUGUCUGAUUGUUGAAAGAUCUGAAACAUCCAAUGACCCCAGGUUACAUCACUGAAGAUGUGCCUAGGAGCACUAAGUUUGUGUAUGUUAAAGCCAUAGACUGUAUAUAGAAUGGACAGAGUCUGCCUCCUUGCUGGGUGAAGCCACUCUAAGAACAGCACCCUCUGUUGACGGGCUGCAGUAUAGGUCUUCAAUCCCGCCUCUGCCAGCAAAGCUUAUCGAGCUGUGGACAAAAUUUAGAAAUGUAUUACACCUGCUUGUGAUGUUGGCAUGUAGUUACAGUCAGACUGGUUUCUGCUCAACUCCUCUUUUUUCUGUGCAACUCCGUUUUUAAAAGUUAUCAGGGGGUUCAUGUUUUCUUUGAUUGACACUUGAUACAGCCUAUGGGUGUUCAGGGAUUGCGUAGCUCACCCGGGGGAUAUGCUGUUUGAGCCGAGCGUCAUCACAGUGACUCUUGGUGAUUCUUCCGCCGAAUGCGCACAACGCUACUGCGCAAUGCUGGUUUCAGGAAAUGAAGAAAAAUAGCGCAAAUACUGAGAGCUUUUUGGCUUCAAAUCCGUAUACAGGCGAGAGGUGGAACCAAGUUGUCCAUAGUAUAUACAGUCUAUGUUUAAAGCUUAGCAGGUAGCAGUGACACCUAUAAGUCUUAGCAUUUCCAUGAUGCUGCAUGAUAACUAGCCCAUAUACUAGCCAUAUAUAAGGUUGGUAUCAUAAAACCUCCAAACUCACAUUUGUAUUUUGCUUCUGUACAAAUAACUCAAAUAAGAUAAAACCUGUUAACUUGUGAACUUUCAGAUGGAUUUAUUUUAUACCUCUAAAUAUAGUCAGGCUAGUUUCCCCAUCAUUCCAGUGUCAUUCUAAGCAUUGACUGUAUGUCAGUAAACCCAGCGUGCCUCCAUCUUCUCCCAUUGUGAGAUGUGAAGCCAAACUAUGCAUCAAGUUGCACUGGUGAAGCCAAGGCUUACACGGACGUAAUAUGACUGGUGGGACCACUGGGCUAAUAUCACUUCACUUCCUCUCACCAAAAAACUAAUUCAACUUCCCAACAAAACACCAACAAUCCCUACACGGUCAGUACAAUCUACAGGAGAUUGAGUUGAUUUGAAGCACACAACUGCAUCUGUCAGGAUGGAAUCAGUGGGCUUUAUGACAUGUACACAUAUGCUGCGAGCUUUUUGUGUUGCUGACUGUGAGUGUGAGAACAGUAUGGAUGCAGAUGUUAUAGUUUAACAAAACUUCAGACAUAUAAAAAGUCCUCAUAGGCAGAAAAGGCUUUCGGUCUGCCCGGCUGAGACUUGACACCUGUCUGCUUAUUGAAUUCUGUAUUGAAUAUAUUACCUGUGGUUUUUAUAGAUAUGAUGUUUGGUGUGCAUGAAACUCAGCCAACUGUACAAUAUCCUGAGGUAAGCUUUAUAUUUUUGAGUACACAAGGUUUUCAUAAGAAUAGCAGUUUGUUUCUUUGGUUCUGCCCUUGGAGCAUUUAAUGAAGCUACAUUUGGCACAGAAAAGACAUUAUUGCCUCCGUGGGAGCACGACAGGGGCUGAGAAAUGAUGAGAGAGAAAAAAGAGACGAGAGGCAGACUGUGGAUCUUUUCAGAAGACUGGUGGCUGGAAAAAAAGACCUUCUUCUAUUUAUCUCACUAAACUUUCCCCAUAAAUGACUAUUUGAGUAACUGAUUAAAUCCUUUAAAGGGAACAUCACAUUUUAGGUCCCUACAUGGAAAUUCUGAAUAAGCUCUGAACAGAUGUUAAUUUUUACAGAUAUUCCAGGGUGUCGUGUGGCAAACGAUUUGUUGAAAGACUCCAGUAGUUUUAAAAAGUGAUCAAGCUACCUAAAGGUUAGCAUUAUUAGCAAAUGUCCAAACCCUGUUAAUAGGGUGAAGAAGAGGCUGAUAAUUUGCUGCUGAAAGGUUUCAGGCAUUGUGUUUCAUUGUGAGAUCUACCCACAACAGGUGGUUCAGCUCUGUUAUGAUAAUCGUACUCAAUUACUGCGCAUGGCUCUGUUGCUGUAAGUCAUUUUCUGUUUUCUUUUGUUUUAAAGGCCUUCGUAUGGUGUGUAUACUCCCCUUUACACCCACGGGAAUCCAGUUUAUAGAUUUUUUUUAUAUGAGCUUUCCUUGAAAGUCUCACAUACACACAUGAAUCAGAUCUGCUCUCUGUUGUAUUUCUUUAUGAUGGUAAUUAUCACCCAGUGGGACUUGGGAUCAGUGAGCAGCCUUCGGUUCACCACAGCAGAGCAAAGGUAGAGGCACAUCAUACAGUAGCUUCUGUUAAGAUCUUUGUGCUAAAAUUCCCACUGAGGCUUGUUUGUUCUGUCUUUUAAAACAGCAUAGCACAUAUAGGUUGAAGGGCAAGGAUGAGAAUGACACAAAACAUGCACACACCGUAGCCGAUGAUUGAUUUUACCUGCAACAGUAGAUCAUAUCAUCAUCAGUGGCAUUUCACUUAUUUUCUGUACAAAAUCGAUAACAUUUAGCUUUCUUGUAACCUACACAAGUAAUAUUUUGUGUUGAUUCAGUUUGAUACAUGCACUCUACCGUCAAACAACUGUUUUUAUGCAAAUCAAGUUAAACCGAAGGAAGAACAACCCAACAUUUUUGUUGUUCUAUAACAAUUUUGUCAUUAAGAAGACACAGGAUAUACACAAUCGCCAGUCACCUGUUACAAUAAGUAUUUUUUUCCUAAUAUCAUAUCUAAAAUCUAAGCCCUUUCACAAGUUAAAAAAGCCGAUUCAUGAACCUGAAUUUACAAAAUCCAUUUUUAGAUUUUUAACACUUUUUAAGAACCUGUGAAAUAACAAAAGCCAGACUUGUACUUUGAAGAACCACUUAAGAGCCAAAUGACUUCAUUCAGGAAAAAAAAGCCUGAAUAUCCUGUUUAGCGACGUUUAGCUUUAUAUGGUUACUAGUUUUUAUUUUGUAUUUCUAUUUUCUUGAUCAGUCUGAGUAGAUUUCAGUGGACUCUGCUCUCAUUGGCUCUUUCCGACAGUGACGACUUUCGAUUGGUUUAGUGAAAUAAGUCCCGCCUCCCCAUUAGGAAAUAGAGAAGCCCAGAAGAAACGACGAUCUUCUGCAGACCGAAAUGCUUUUAAAUAAAGGAUAGGUUUGUUUUAAAGAAAAGCACUCAUUCAGAUAACUCUGUAGUAAAAUGGAAGAGACGGUUCUUGGACCUGUGCGACAGGAGUGUGACGACUGGUGAGUUUAAGCGUCAUUAAAUUGGACUUGGAGUGUUUGUUUUGGUACUAAAAACUAAAUAUAGUAGCUAUUAGAUCAUCAAACAAAGGUAUUUUAUUUAAAAGAUUUAUUUAUUGUGAGAUAAUUGUGAAGUAAUAUUGAAAAUCAAACAUAUAAACAUAUUACAAAUUAAAAACUUGCCCCUUUCAGUCCUGCAAACUACAUGCAGUGUAAUGUGAGGAGCAACCUUGGUAGAAUUAAAAGGCCUCUACACUCUUGAUUUGUUUUUUAUUUGUUCCCAUUUAGACACAAAUAUUACUCUUCUAUGGUGUCUUGGCCAAACAACAGCAUAAAAGUGUCACUUAAAGAGCAAGCCAAACAACAAACAUAAGGUAAUCAUUUGCCUAUAUCAGUCAAUCUAUGAUCAGCCUGGUCGGGUUAUGCAUGAUCCCAGUUGAAAAUCCCCAAUACUAAUGAAAUGAUCCAGUCUUUUGUGACCUUGUAGCUCAAGCCAGGAUGAUGGAGUGGAAACAUCAAACAUUUUUUAGAGAGGACAGAGCAAUUGUGAGGAAUAAUUUACAAAGUUUGGCCAUGAGACCGAAGGUUACAGUCAAUGACAGUUUAAAGAGACAACAACGCUCAAUUCUAUUGUCAUGCAAGGAAGACAGACCUACUCACUCAUACAAGACGCAGUGAUGUGUGCGAAAACCCUAGAUUAGAGACAAAUCACGAUGCAGCGUGGUGUGCACAGUCCAAUGUUUUCAGAGAGGAUGAGGUUGCAGGCAUAUAAAGAACAUCAUUGUAGUCUUUUAUAGAUGAAAAGGUUGCUUGGGUGACACUUGUCUUAGCAACAACAGAAAAACAGCAUUUAUUUUGAUAGAAGAAAUCCAAUUUUACCAGUCACUUUUGACAAAAAAAAGAGAAAAAGAAAAAGAGAAAACCAAGAAAACUCAUCAGUGUGUGGGGACACAUUCGAUCACCUCAUUAUGAAAAGAAAAAACACGUCAAUUAUCUUAAACUGUCUUUCACUGAUGAUGACAAAUCAUCUUAUUCUUAGUCUCAGCCUUAGUUUACAAAGAUUUGCACGAUGUGUUUUUUUAAUAAAUUAAAGUAGAGGAAAGACAAAAGAGCAGGACUACCUGUUUUUCUGUUCUGUCCUGUUAAACAUGAGCUGAAUACAAUAUAUUACAAGUGCUUUAUCUGAGACAGUAGUUUCUUAAUUAUUUAAACAACCCAUCAGUGUUGUUAGUCUGAUUUCACCCAAGUGGGCCUCAAACCUUCCACACUUUCCACAUUUUUCCCUCUUUCUGCCCAUCGAAGUAAACAACAUCAAAGCAGUAAAUUGCUUGAUGCUCUGGCAAGGCUGAGAGUGAGAGUCAAAAAAAACAAGGUCCAUCUGUAGUACGGCACAACACAAUUUGGCCUCUCAUCAGUGCAGAUACCAAAGCAGACAGCAGUGUUACAUCAUUAGUGGUUAUUUCAGUCCCUAAUCAUCAGUGGAUCUCAACUGUGACUCUGUCAUCUCUGUUUUUAAAUAUUUAUUACACAUGAGUAUUUCUGGAUCACCCAGCCAUCGUUUGCUUAAUGAAUCUAUUACCACGAAGUCCAAUUUCAUCUUUAAUGCUUUAAUCUUCCACCAAAAAAAAAUGAUCACUCAGAGAUGCCAUGAACCUGAGGCUGUGUGCAUGUUUUUUUGGUCGUUUUUUUUUUAACUUGUAGAAGUUCAGCCUCUGUUGGACGGAGGAAAAGUAGUCAGACGUUUGGUUUCACAGCAAGCAGUUUCAAAUGACUGACCCAAAAUUGGUUCAGAAUAAUAAAAUUUGCUGCCCUGUAUUGUGCCCAUGUCUCACUCAGUGAUGGUGAAACACAAUCCUUUUGUGCCACGCUGUCAGAAUCACAGUCUCAUUUUCCAUAAUAGCUGUUCCUCAGGGUAGAUAGGGGGAAAAAUGUUCCAGGUGAGUGUUAAAUUGAUUGUUAAAGAGUCAGAGAGCGAAGAAGACUCUGUGCCUUUUUGUCUUUUUAUUUCUUUUGCUGUUCCUCUCUCUCUUUAUUUGUUGAAAUGAAAUUUCUCACAGUACAGUGAAGGCCCUGAGGCAUGGGAAGACAUGGAACAUUGGAAAGGGUUUGAGGGAGAGCAAGCCGCCAGUCCUGAAUGAUACUAGGGAGCGAGGAAGCGUCUUGUUAGUCUAAUGAGGACACAGAACGGUGUUGCAGUGUAAUUCUUCACCAAGCGUUGUGAAUGUUUAUAAUGCCAUGAGGUCCAGUGUGAUGCAAAUGUUCUGUAAAGAAUGCUGUACCAUUAAAAUUUAAACGACUGCCUGAGGGCAAGUAGGUCACUGCUGCAUCAAAUAGUUAUAGCGCACAGUAGGGGUGAAGCACAGUAUAAAUAAAAAAGCAGGAUGAAUACAGUGUAGAUGUCAGAUUUAAGUUAUUGAAACAUAUUAUUGAUGAUUGAAGCACAAGUAAGAGAACAGAAAUAGAUGGGACGACUGGAUUCGACGAUCAGUGAAUGAUGUGUGUAGUACCAAACAAAGUUACAUUUACAGUUAGAAAAGUCAGAAUCACCUGAACUUGUGUGCAUUGGGCAUGUUUUUAAAUAAAAAUCAAACAUUGUUGUCAGUCAGACCUUAUUCCCCUGUUUCUAUAGACCAGGGGUCGGCAACCUUAAACACUCAAAGAGCCACUUGGACCAGUUUCCCACAGAAAAGAAAACACAGGGAGCCACAAAACCUCUUUGACAUCUAAAAUGAAGAUAACAUUGCAUAUAUCUUUUUUUUUACCUUUAUACAAAGUAUAUAAAAAACUGUAGCGAGUUGCAUUUAUGAAAUAAAUGAACUAUUUCGGCGAGUGUCUGUCUUCUUCUGUAGUUAAACCGCAAGAUAUCAAAAUCUACCCGGAUACAGCAAUGCUGCUUUUUGAUUGGCUGUUCAGUAGAUAUACUUUAUUUGAUUGGCUUGUGCGUGGCACGCAGCUUCUGAACUCUCGGAGGAACUCAGUUGAUUUCCCCCAGUUCCAAAGUUGAAGAAGUGCAAAUUGGUGGACAUCACCGUGUCCAUUUAAAUGCGUGAGAAAUACAAUGUGUGGUGUGUGAGCGUGUGAACGAGUGGGAGACUUGAGAGCCCUGUGCUCACGCAUCAUCGAUGUACUCCCGAGCCAUGCAAAACGGUCUUUGCAAAUGUUGCACUGAACGCCUUCCUUUUCAGUCUUGGUGAAGUUUUCCCACACCACUGAUGUUUUAGGUCGGGAUUUGGGUUGGGUUGUGUCCAUGUUUUUCUCAGCUGCUGCCUCGGCCAUGGCUGUUUCUUUUCUGUGCGUCCUGCUGAUGUUUACACGCCGGUGUCCAUGGACAUAUAUAAAGACCCGACGAAUCGAUUACAGAAUUUGUUGGCAACGGAUUUUUUCGUCACGACGAAUCUACUUAAUCGAUUCGUUGUUGCAGCCUUAAUAGUUUAUUUAAUGUUACAAGAGCAUUAUAAUCUUUGAAUUUAGAAUUACAAAAAAAAAUUAAUAAUAAAAUAAAAUAAAAUGCAAUUAAGUAUUUAUUAUUUAUUUUCCAAAUCCAUUGGGAGCCGCAGCUUAGGGAAGAAAGAGCCGCAUGCGGCUCCAGAGCCGCGGGUUGCCGACCCCUGCUAUAGACCUAGGCUCAGUUAAUAUAGACUCUCAGGACCAACAUACGAUGGAAAGACCAGGCAGAGGCGAUCAGCAAAUAUACUUGUGUGCACAGCGCUCACUUCAUACAUUGUGUAUUUAUUGUAGAAUGAAUGGGGGACAUGCAUGUUUUGAGUUAUCACAACCCUCUGAAUAGAAAUAGAAGGGUGCAUCAAGAGAAUUAUGAGAUAUCGCUCAUCAGGGUUAAUUUAUUCAUGUAACACUCUCCGUCCCUGACAGUAAGUGACCUUAAGUAUUCAGACAGACCUGUGUCAUCUUCUGCUUGUAAACAUGUCUGAAGGCUUUGUUUUUUGGCCACUCACCAAAAGGGUAAUUCUGUUUACUGACACUCAAGGGGUCUUCAUUACAAAAUAUGUAUGGACAAGUGUACAGAGUGCUCUUUAACACAGCGUUACUUUUGAGUACGACCGCAGGCUUGCCCAGUAAAUAAUUAAUGUUUUAUGCAGAUGCAGAUUGUGUGUCUGCAUAACAUCAUAUCCAAUGGGAAAUAAACUACUUUAAUAUCAACAACCUGGAAAAGUUAUUUAUAUUGAAACUGAAAACGGCGUGCUUACAUCGUGCCUUGGAAAAGUAUUAUUUAUUUGCCAUUUAUUUUGCCUACAUUUGUGGACCAUAAUUGAACAUCAGUUAAGAAAAAGCCAAAGGAUUAACUCCACGCACUGAAGCCAGACUCCGCCUCUGCAGUCCUCAGUGAUGACGUUAGUUACCGAGCUACAUUUGAUCUGCACAGUUCCUUUCUACUUUUGGGGAAGUUUUAGGUCUACCUCUUUGCGGAAAACCCAGUCUCAGGAAGUAGUUUGGUGCAUAGGAUGGUAAUGGGGACAGUGGUACUGAUCAUGAGGAUGAGGAUGUAUACAGUAGGUUUCAAGAUUAUGAUGAUUAUGUUGCUACUGUUGCUUUGGUGAUGCACAACUUUGAAUACUGCAUGUUAGCACCAGUGCCUGAUUGGACUCAAAGUAUUUAGGAGCACAUUAUGUUCCCCUCUAUCUAGAUCUGUGCUUGUGUUGCACUUGAUCUAGAUCAGCUGGACAAAAGCGUCUUCUAAAUAAAGUUCUUACAUGGUAACAUAUUACUACAAUUGGGCUUAAAAACACAAUAUUUAUACUGCUAAACUAGCUAAAACUUUCAACUUAGUAACAUGUCAAGAGCAGUUAUGCCAAUUCUAGUCUUUUACACAGGUUGAUAAACAGUAUCGUAAAUCCCGACAUGCUGUAUAAUAUGCGUGGUAAAUUUCUGCUCCUAAACCAAAGUAAAACUUAAGGUUUAUUUGAAUAAGAUGCUGAAAUGAUCCAUCAGAAAACCUCUGCACUGGCACAGUUUCCUACUUAUCGCUUCAUUCAUGUCCAAAAUUACAGGAAGGAUCAAUAAAGCCAUUAAAUGAAAAGAGGCAGCGCUGGAAAGCAGAAAAUGGAAGUGCAAAACACACUGGAAGUGUGAGAUAUUGCGUUGCCAUGGAAACGUUAUCUUGUUAGAUGCUGACACAAUUUAGAAACAUGUACUCAGUUAAGAAAUAUUAUGUAACUGCUCCCUGGCUCUCCGUCCUCCCCUGUCUCUCCUUCUCCCUGUCAGAGGCUGUUAGAGUGCAGAUUACUGUUGAUGUAAUAAAAUCCAGGCAGCUAGUGAGUCGUAAUGACGGAUACAUAAAAUGCAGGAUAGGAGGACGAGGAUGGAGUUAGAGGAGGAUCUUUGUGUGUUUGUGUCUGUGUGUUAAUGUGUGUGUAUGUGUGCUCCAAUAACCUUGGUGACUUGGUACCCAACCCGUCCCCACUGCAGAGGCCGUGGCCUGUUCAUCCUCCUGCGGGGAUAAACGUCUCUCCUUUUGACUCUGCUUGGUUGACUGAGUCCUCAGUGAGAGAGACACAAAGAGAUGAAGGGUAUGAAGGGAUAUGGGGAUGGAGGAAGAAGAGGAGGAGGAGUGGGUUUCGAAAACAAGAGGAGUGAGGGUGCUGGUUGAGCGGGGCAGAGGAGGCGGAGUGGGAUGGUAGGUGAAGUGUAAAGAGAAGAGGAGGAGGAAAAAAAAAAAGGUUGUGUGAUGAGAAGAGAGGAGGAGAGAGAAAGUCCACGCAGAGCUCAGUCUUCUGCUGACUAAGAAUAGCAGCUCUUCUGGUAACCCAGUGCCCCAGGACAUGACCAUUUGAAUAAAAGCCUCUAUCACUUCACAUAAUGCCUGGUCUGUGUGCAUGUAGGUGUGUGCCUGUGUGCGCUUGCAUGUGUUGGCAUGUGUGGGGAAGUAUUUGAAAGGCAGAUACUCAGGGAAGUUCGUCCGAAUAAUAAGAGAGACAGACAGGAAACGAGAGAGAGAGAGAGAGAGAGAGGAAGGGAGCAGGCUAAUUGAUGGUGAUGAUAAUAGGCUGGUGGAGCACAGAGGCACAGACCAGACUUGAUGUUUUAUUGCAGCAAGCAAAUAACUCUAUCAUGUGUGUCGAGCCACCCACCCUCCCUCGUUUUGUCUCCCUCCCUGUCUGUCCAUCUCUGCUCUACUCUGCUCUGCCUGCUCCGUGAAAAGUCUGCAGGCCUUAAUAUAGGAUAAACCCGGGCAAGAAAAGAGCGUGAAAUUCAACCGUAGUUGAAAGCAAUGUUUCCAUAUGUCUGUGCCAUAUGUCCUAACAUACUUCCAACUGUGUGUGGGAUCUUCAGGGGAGCAAUGAAAACAUCUCGUGCUGUAAAGCGAGACUUUUUGCACAAGUUAGUUGUGGUGUUGUUAAUGUGUUUGGUCUCAAGAGCACAAAUAUAAACAGCAUUUUUUCCUGUCUUUAUUUUUCUCCAAUCAGCACUACUUCCUCGUUGUGUUUGGCCACGAUGGACAGAAGCCUCUGGAGCUGCGGACGGAUGAGGAGAUCGAGUGCGACGAAUGGUUGGAGGCCAUUCAGCAGGCGAGGUACACAAGAAGCAUGAUCCAAACUAAAGUGUGGCUUCACUUUGAUGUUUGUGUGGCAGGAAAAUUACACCAAACAGUAGUAUUAAGAUUUUAAUGAACUUGGUAGAUUUACUGAACUUUGGUUAUUUAACCUUCUGUGCCCACCGAUCAAAAAACUGUUGGAUUCUCUAAACCAAGUUUUAAGGUACACUUACACAACUGAGAGGAUGUGAUGUAACCCUGCACAGUUUUUUGAAAGUUGAAGUAGUCCACGGCAACAGCAGCAACUUUAAAAAGGUUGUGCUUGUUGGUAUGUUUUAGUAAUUUCAGAGAUGUUAGACAUGAUGUAGCUCCUGGUAACUAAUUAAUUUUAUUAUUGCUAGAUUAAUCAUUUGUGUGAUACAAAUUAGCCUUAGGAGAAGCUUAUUUUGCUUGUAAUAAACAGUUGGUGCCAUUUAUACUCAUUAGUUGCUCCAUGUAUCAGUAUUUGCAUUUAUGUAAAUCCUACUGAUACUCAGAACUGCAGACUAGCUAAUAACAAGUAACUCAGGUCAGGUCAUUUUUGUUUAUGCAGCCCAGAACAACCUUCAUAAAGAGAGCACAGGUGUCACUACCAAGCUAUGUUUUCACAUUUCCUCCGUGACUCAUCUCAGAGUGAUCUUAUAAAGGUUCAUGUGAUGACAUUAAUGUGAAAGGGUGCUUCACAUGUUACCUCAGUCUGAUAAAGAGCAAGUCUAAAUGUUACCGUGGUGAACUGAGCUGUCCUAAUUUUAGAGCCCAGCAGCGAGCCCUUAACUUUUAUCCAAAAACGACAUAUCUAAAUUUGUCUAAUUUGUACAACAUAUUGCAAUCUGUAUCUUUUAGACUUCUGUUGAAGAAAAGGGGUCUCCAUCCCUGAAAACCCCUUAAUAGUGAAGUGAAUCCUCCAAAAUAGCAACAAAGGAGGCCACAGGCAGAGGCUUUGUCUACAAAGCUGACCAACAAAGUCCAGCAUGAUUAUGGUGUUGCAAGUAUAGACACAUAUGCAGACAAUCGUAGAGGGCCACCUUCAAGUUGUCAAAAUUUUUGAUCCUUCUAUUAUUUUUAAAACCACAUGCUUUUAAAAAAUGUUCCCUCUUUUAUUUUUACGUUUGAUAGCUCGUAUACGCUGAAGCUUGGGAAAAGCACAGAUCUACAGUCAAAACUUCACGCUGCCACAAAUGAAAGAGAUAUAGAAAGCAAGCAGCGCUAAAGGAUCAGUGAGUGAUGGGAAAGGAAACCAAAUCAAAGAGGUUACUUUUUGACUGUUUCACAGCGGGCACACCGUAAAAAAACUUUCAAACACUUCCUCAUUAAAGGCAGAUGUUGUGCGUCUGCUGCUGAAAUCAUGUUCCUUCCUACCUGCUGUGUGUCUCUCUGCUCCACCCUCUGUCACUGCUAAGACACUGUCAGCUCUUCUCAAUCACAAGUCGGCAAAUGCUGAUGUUUAGUCAUGUUCCUUUUGCCGUCUCAAUUAGACUCACAUGUUAAGUUUAUAGCAUGUUAUGCUAUUUCAGACAAACAGACAGAGAGAGGAGGAGAGGGACAAGGAUAUCACCUCUUUAAAAGUAUCUUCCAAUGACUUUUAAACAACGUUUGUUGCAGGCUGAAAUACAACAAUAUAUGACUACCAAAUAUUCUUUUCAGUGGAAGUGUUUGAUUUCCUCUUUAAUAGCUUAUUCAAGUUCAAAAUUCUGGUAUAGUGACAAUUUUAGAUCACCCACAGAGGUCCUAUCAUGUCCAAUAUAAACUGUCUGGUCUGUGAGGAUACUUUGUGUGCCUCUCGCUGUCUGCAUGCAGCAAGGCGGGGGAAAAUCUGAACCUUCAUUGUUACAUGAAAGUUGAAGACCUGAUGUGAAACCUAAAAUAGCUCUGUAAAGCUUCAGUCCAAUUAAAGGAAAAAAAAAACACCUGUGAGGGAGUGCAUUACCAUUUAACUGAACAGGACUUUUCUCCAAAGAGGACAUUUUGACAUUUAACAGCAGGCAUAGUUCAGCACUUUGAAUAAUAGUAUUAAUGAUGGCUGCAUGACUUCCAUUUGGCUGCAUCACUUUCAGAGUCCCGCUAUUGUUCGUUCUAGCUCACACUCACACUGUCAGGGCUCAUUGGGAACAAAGCUGGCAAUAAUGUUCAUAAUAAAGCUGCACUUGUACUUGAUCCUGACACGAGCCGAAACGUUUGUAGUUUGAGCCCAAAAAGUAAAGUAACCAAUAAUCUUCAAAAAAACUCAUAAUCUGGAAUAUUUUUUCUUUAAACUGAAAAUAUAACAAGUAAACAACAAAAUCUCGGUUUGAUUAUUUCAUGGGGAUUAUGCUUCAACUAUUUGUAUGUAUAACCUACUUCAUCCAGACGACUAGGGUACUUUCAGUCGGAUCGGAUUGCAAAUAGCGAACUAGAAAAUCCCACAAGACAUUUUGUUUUAAUCUAAAUCUUGUUAAACACUGCAGGGUCUUUUGAAAUUGCCUGAGACAUCUGAUGCCACCUUUUAUAUCAGCAAGGCACCAUAAAUAUCUUGUAAAAUAACCAGAAUGUUCAAACGGUGGCAGGGGAUUUUGUGCUCGUCAAGGAGCCUGUUGCUCACAGUGAGGGGUUUGCCCGUUGGCAUAUUCAGGGGCUUUACGAUUUUCAAAGCCUCACACAGGGAAGAUCAUUUGAAUCAUUCCUGAGUAUUCAUUUUAAUGGGCAUUCAAAAAACUGUGUUUUUGUUUUUGCUUCAUUUCCUGGCGUAAAAAAAAGAUUCAAAUAUAUAAAUAUUUUUGCAAAGGUUGCAAUUAAGACAUGCUCAUGAUACAGUGUGUGUUUUUUAUCUAAGAGAUAUCUCUGUAUUGACUUCUGGAUUUGUCUUAAUUUUCAGUUACUCCGACAUAAUCAUUGAACGAGAGGUCCUGAUGCAGAAAUACAUCCACCUCGUGCAGAUCGUGGAGACAGAAAAGGUGGCUGCCAAUCAACUGCGUACUCAGCUAGAAGAUCAGGACACAGAAAUCGAGAGGCUCAAAGCAGAGGUACAGCAUGCAUGUUUACGCACACAAACAAGCCCACGCACACACGCACACACGCACACACACACACACAAAGAGAACAGUCUUCAAGAUCUCCAUCAUAUCAAACCCAUUUUCCUGUCUUUUAUAGCCAGCUUAUUUUCAGCAAUAGCCGUUUAAUGUCUCUGCAUUUGCUGAAUGCCUCUUUUGUGUGGGCUUGAAAUUGCAUAACCACAGGAAACAAUGCACAUGUAUACUAAACAGGAUGGGUAAAACAAAAGCAUUUAAAUGUGUGUGUUUCAUGUAACGCAACAGACAAAGGCCUGUCACCAGCACAGGAAGAGUAAGUGAAGUUGUUGAUGACUCGAUUCUGCUUCUAAACCAGACUUUUACAUCCUCCAAAGGUCGUAACAUUUUUUAUUUUAUGAAACUCUGAAAUAAGUUUUAUUAAAAUGCCCUCAGUGCACAUGAGCAACACAAGUGUUGUGCAACUUAUUUAAUAACAGAGCAAUUUUAGAUGAUUUUAUAGACAGAAAAAUAGGAAACCUGGAAGGUUAUAAUCUUUAUCUAAUGUUGAAGUAUCUCAAAAGUAAUUUGAUCCAGAAUCAGAAAUAUUCUGUGGGGUGUUGCGCUGGCAAACAAAUAUAUUAAGAAUAUGUCCUUUCUUAUUCCCAGCCCAUAUUUUAAGACAUCAACGAGUGGUCCUGCCUUUAUAGUCAGGGCUGAGCAUGCUCAGUCUUCUCCUCACUGUCUGUGUAUACUCUUAUUUUCACCACAUGCAAAGCCCAUUCUACACCAUAGUUAUGAUUUUGUUGUAAAGAUUACUUUGGGGGCUUUUAAAACCCUCAUUUAGUAGAUAGUAGAACGGAUAGAUAGACAGUAACUGUGGAGAAAAGCUGUCACAAUGAGCAUUUUUGUCCUCAUUUUCCUCCCUGAACUACACAGUUUACUAAAAUAAUAAUAGUUUAAAGAUAUCCUGACAUACAUGUGUCUCAACACUGAAAUCCCAGUCAGUACUUAUUAGGUUAGACGUUUGGGAAGUUGAUAUAUUGAUGACAGUGUUGCAAUGUGACAAUUUGAUUUACAGAUGCUUGUGUCCACCGCGUCGUACAUCUGAAAGUCAGCAAAGAUUACAACACAAGCAAAGAUCUAGACAGAAGGAACCAACAUGAGCAGGACCACAAACUGCUUCAAGUCCAUAACUAUGCAUUUUUUAAAAAUUGUUUAUUUUGUAUUAUGAACCAUAACUACAUAUCAGAUAUGCUACCAUGGGUUGUUUACCUCAGUCUCUUUUUGCUGUCGUCUUCUUUGUUGCCACUUUUUAAUUGUCUUUUUCUGUCUUUUGUCAGUUCCUUAAACGGCACAAUAAUGCUGGAUCAUAGUGCAUUAUAUUCAAGUCAGGACAUAUAUUCACUGUGCUUGAGUUAAAUAAAAUCUUCAGAGUAUAUUAGAUUCGAGUAGAUUAGACAAACUUUAUUUAUCCUUUUGGGAAGGUUCCCUCAAGGGCAUCUUUAUUUAAAAUCCUUAGGCAGCUUGCUGACUGUUUCCAUCUUAUUCUUAAAAACUGUUUUCGCUGUCGGGCUGCUCAACUCUGAAAAAUCCACGGUACAUUAUGAUCCACUUAAGUGUCUUUUAUAAAUUAAUCUUCAUAGAAAAGAGUUAAUUUUUCACAUUUGUCAUUUUUAUUAUCUUGUAUAUGUUUGUUUCAAGCCAUUUCCCCAUGUUAUGCUCUUUAUGUCUUUCUGUAAUACGCAAACACAGGUAUGUUUUUCUUUUGUUUUGUAGGUUUCGGAAGACACACUGUUAUACUAAGAGUGUAAUGUGUUUAUUUUGUAGCAUCCUUAGAUUAUACACACAAACCUUUGCAUCAGUCACUCACUCUGUCGGUCAUGCCCACACAUCUCUCUGGUUACUCUUCAGCCAUGAAUCAUUAGAAAAUGAGCCCAUAAGAAAGACAUGUAAACCACACCUCUGUGAAGUAUAUGCAUUUACUUAUUUCCUCAUAAGUUGGAAAACCAAACGAACAGCUGGUAGAUGUUUAUGCUCAUCAAGUGCAACACCUUUCUGUUCUGCUGUCACAGCACGUUAAAUCAGACUCACGCACUAACGCACGUGCUAUGACUGACCCUGACAACACCGUUUAUCAGAGCCAGUUACUUGUGAGUAAUGUAAUGACAGAGUUAAAAUGUUAUCAGACAAUUAAUGUGUAACACCACACAGAUCAAUGAAAGAGGAGUUUGAGAGAAAAGGUUAAGAACUAAUUACACAUUUAAAGAAUAAGUAGAGGUUCAAAAAUGUUGUAAAUAAAGUUAUUAUUAUUGUUAUUAUUGUUUAAUGUAGUUUCCAAUCCAGUCUCGGCUCAUCAGUGUCAAUAAUCACUCACACAUAUUUUGCUUUUAUAGCCCAGUUCAAUCCUCAAAAAGAAGCAGCGCUGCUUUUAAUGGAUAAGCUUCUGAUACUGCUUUUCAUUCUCCCUCGGAGCAACAAGUGUGUGUGUAUUUGUAUGUGUGUGUGUUUGUGGGGGGGACUGCUCUCCUCUACACACUGUGAUUUUAUCUCAUUGGCAGAAUAUAGUGAGCCCUGUUGAUAAUGAAAAUGCAAACCAAAGGCAUUUUAUAUUAGGAAACAUCUGCCUGUGUAAUGAGGCUGCUCAUGAAAAAGGGAUUAGUCUUUGAGAGCCAGUGUGCAGUUGGUGAUCCAUCUCAUUAAAGCCAUACUCUUGUUUGUUUGUUUUUGUGUGUGUUGCUUUCUGUUGAUGAAUAAUUAAACCAACUAGCCACUGUAACUGUCAGCAGUUGGCAGACUGGCUCCUCUCCUCCUGCCGUUUGCAUGAUGCUGCAAGUGAAAACCAAAAUGAAGAUGAGAGUGUGGGGCUGAAAAUGGCUUUGGUUUCGCCUGUUAUGCUUUUUCUCCCUCUGGGAUAAAAUGUUGUUGUCAAGAGGCCUGAAGGUAAUAUAGUAAAAGAGCUGGCUGUAUUUCUUCACAGAGGAUGUUGCUGCCAAGGAAAAGCUUUUACCAGCUCUCUGCAUUUGACAUCAGUCAUCUUUGUUGUUUAGAGAGAAGUGGUCAUAUCUAUUAUUAGGUUUACAAUGUGAAAUGUGAUUUUUUUUUUCCACAGCCUAAGAACUCUGAAGUUUGGCAUGUACCCACCUUUGUAAUGUCUCUUAUGUCCUCAUCAGGUUUUCAAUCUGAAAGAUCGCUUUAACUUUUUUGUGGGUAUCUGGCUCGUUUUACCAGCAGGGAAUCUUAAAGUCUGACGUCUAGUCUGACUCUGCUGUUUGAAAAGAGUAUUUCAUCGCUGCGAAAUGAUACAAGAGCUGUCAUACAUAACAGGUUUUACCUCUGAUUUGUCACGGAUUGAUUUCUGCUAGAAAUAGAGUAGACUCUGCUGCAGAGGGUUAUAUCAGUGCGUCCUGUCCUCUACAAUGCACUUGAGGUGUUCAGGCACAUACACGCCUAAUUUCAUUUGCUAACUGUCACCUGCUGAUAACAUAGCCCUCCCCCCUCCUGUCAGCCUCUCUUUCUGAAUGAGCACAUCAUAUUGUCAAAGGUGAGGAAGUCUGAUGUGUAUCGGCUCCUAACACACCAACGGUUCACUGCAGAUACAAUGCAUGACUAUCACUGAGACAGUAUUCAAAUAAAUGACUGAUUGUCCCUUUAGGAAUACAUUAUAUCCUCAUUAUUUUAUUGCUUUCUGCUUGAUCUAAACAGACCAUUUUAUUUAAGAGGAUUUAAUCCGAUAAAAUGUUCUUUUCCUUACUAACUUUGUGUUUAUUAUGUGUGUCUGAAUGUCUCUUUGAAGAUUGUAGCCCUGAACAAAACUAAGGAGCGAAUGCGGCCUUACCACGUCCACCAUGAAAAUGAAGACCCAGAUAUCAAGAAGAUCAAAAAGGUAAACAUUUUUCCAGCAGAACUGUGUUUUCUCUGCUUUCCAUCUGCGUUGUGUAUCGACAUGUUUAAUUCACAGUGUGUGUGUGUGUUUUAUGCGUACAUGUGUGUGUAAGCCUCCUUGCUUGUUUCCCCUCAGGUGCAGAGCUUCAUGCGAGGCUGGCUCUGUCGGAGGAAGUGGAAGAUCAUCGUUCAGGACUACAUCUGCUCCCCUCACGCUGAGAGCAUGAGGAAGAGGAACCAGAUUGUCUUCAACAUGGUGGAGGCAGAGACAGAGUAUGUAAAUAUAUUGUGCCCACACUAACAUCAUAUACUGUAAAGCCUUGCUCUGCAGGAUAAGAAUCUAAAUUACAGUAGAUAAGGCUCACGAAAGGAUACUCUCACUGCUGUGCGCUACUGUGGACACAGGGUUUUGUGAUGUGAUAACUAAAGCUGUAAGAAGAUUAAUUAGACACCCCCUCAAGAGAUGGAUGUUGCCGACCGCUUGCUUUUUUAGUUAUACCAACUUUAGUAACAACCGCACGAUAGCAAUACACAGCAGUCUGAGGAGCCACACAGAAACAGCUCAAGGAAGAACAUUAAUGAUCAUUUUUUAUCAUUUCCUUGAAGCAAUAAUCAUCAUAUUAAUCAUUUUGCACUGCAGACACGGUAGUUCUUCUGCCUUAGCGUCUUAGUCUGAUUGCAUUUCCAUGAAGAAAUUAUCAUAAAUGUUCUUCCUUGAGCUGCGUCACCCCACUGCAAUCCGUAAUGGACUAGUCUGAGCUCUCCCUACAAAUAAGCAAUGAUGGAAGAGAGUAGGUGAGUUGUGUUUAGUCUCUUUGCUGAAGAAAUUAGGCAAAGUUAAAAAGAUGUUUGGUGGCUAGUUCAAUAGAUAGAUAGAUAGAUAGAUAGAUAGAUAGAUAGAUAGAUAGAUAGAUAGAUAGAUAGAUAGAUAGAUAGAUAGAUAGAUAGAUAGAUAGAUAGAUAGAUAGAUAGAUAGAUAGAUAGAUAGAUAGAUAGAUAGAUAGAUAGAUAGACUUAAUUGAUCCCAAACUGGCGCAUGGCUUUGUGUAUUGCUAUCCUGCUGUCGUUACUAAAGUUGGUAUAACUACAGAAGCAAGCGGUCCACAACAUUCAUCUCUCGACGGGGUGUCUAACUCGGUGUUACAGUGUGUUUGACCCUAAAUUAAUUUUACGCCGGAAUAUCCCUUUAAACAUGAAAAAAGAUGCUACCUUGAGCUAAAUGAUUCUGUCAAAAAGCAGUACACUUGACUUUAUAUCUGUGCUUGUGAUAUUUGAGAAAUUCAGAGCUGACUCUUGGGAUGCAGCGUGGCGUUAUGUUUCAGAAAAGACUGCUCUGUAUUUCUGUGCCUAUGAUCACGCUCAUGUUUGAUGGCAGGUACGUGCACCAGCUCUACAUCCUGGUGAACUGUUUCCUCAGACCCUUGAGGAUGGCUGCCAGCUCCAAAAAACCUCCAAUCAGCCACGACGACGUCAGCAGCAUCUUCCUCAACAGGUGCUUACGUCUGUGUCAAUGUGCUCAUGCAGGAUUAACUGACAUUUGUCAACCAGAUCCUUCCUUUUAGAGGGCGCCAUUCAAGGCUUAUUUAUGCAGGGGGCGGGGGCAGAGACACACACGGGUGAUUUAAGGAAAAAUAAAUAAACCUCUUUUGUCAUUUGUUUUAACACUGUGUUUACGAUGUGCUUUCAGUGAGACCAUUAUGUUCCUGCAUGAGAUCUUCCAUCAAGGCUUGAAGGCGAGGAUAGCCAACUGGCCAACUUUGGUGCUGGGUAAGCCGUUACCUAACCACACACACAGAUAAAAGUUGUGUGUGCGUAUGCUCUGCAGCCACUCAGUGAAAUCAAGGUCAUGUUUUCAGUCAUCCUCUACUUCCACUCAUUCAAACCUCAGUCUUGACGUCUCACUGUCCCGUUCACACACAUGCACGUUCACUCACAUACACACACAGACUCAUUUCCCUAUCUCAGUCUGCACUGAGCAUACUCAUUGUCUUGACAGACAAUGACCACACAGAGCAGAAGGCCUCCCACAAAUCCCCCUCCUAAAACAGAAACCUCCUCGGCAGAUAAGCAUCACCUAGGAAACAGACUGCUGAAAGACACGACAGCAAAUUACUUGUGACAAAUUCAAAUAAAAAAGGAUUGACUGAUUAGACGUCAUCCUUAUCUGUGUCUCUGCUUCAGGCUGAUGCUGAAUGUAGACUUUCCUCCAACGAUAUGCUUUGUAGCAGAUCAGCUCUCAGCGCCACAUGCUUUCCACCCUAAACAAACUAUGACUGACCAUCUGUGACCUGUCUGUGGUCAACAAAUUUGCUUUUUCUUUCCUGGUAAGAGAAACUAAAAUAUCACGUCAAAACAGGGGAGAACAGGGAACAUCUGCAUUUAAUUUUUAAAUGAGGUUAUACUCUGUCUUUGAGCUGAUGUUUUCUUGUAUUAAAGGCUAAGAUGAUGUCUAGAAAGAGGCAGUUUGAUCACUAAACAAGCGAUACCACACACAGUGAUUCAAGCUGGAUUUAAAGAACUAGCUGUGAGACUUCUAAAAUGAUCAGUCUUUCCCUCCUGUGUACGCAUUAAUGAAAAUAUACUUACGUCAGUUCGAUCAUUAAUUCUUGUCUUUGCUUUUAUCACUAGGAAAGUAUAGCUAUAAGUAACUUUCCAAUGAAAGUUAAACUGGAAAAGCACUCAGAGAGCGCAGACCUCCGCCAAGCAGCUCAUGUCCCCCCUUAUAUUGUGAUUCACACCAAAACUUUUACUGUUACGUGUCUUUUAUUAACUUUUAUUUGUGUUUAAACUGGUAUGUUCACUGUUCAUAAUGUUCCUAAAACAAGAAAUGCCCUGACCUGGGUUCGAACCCAGGACCUUCUUGCUGUGAGGCGACAGUGCUAACCACUACACCACUGUGCCACCCAUCUACACCACUGUGCCGCCCAUUGGUUAUCUUUCAGCAUUGAAAAUUCCAAUGACACCCUUAUUUUUGUGUGUUCUGGAUCACAGUAUCCAGAAUUUUGUCUGGAUCAGGAUCAACCUUUGACACCUCAUAAAACUCAUUGAGAUCCUUUUGUGUAAUUUUUUACUAAAGACUCUGGUCAUUUUUACAGAGUUAAAUGCAAAAAUUCCCAAAUUUGCCCUAUCUCACGAUGAUAAAGAAUCCUUCAAAAAAUUCCUGGAUCCAGAAGGCGAUCCGGAUCACCACCAAAAUGUAAUGGGAUCCUCCUGGGGCUGAGACGCACCUCUGGUGAAAAUUUCAGGUCAAUCCGUCUGUAACUUUCUCCGUAAAGUUGUUCACAGACAAACAAACAAACAAACAAACAAAAAAACAAACAAACAAACAAACAAACAAACAAACAAACAAACAAACAAACAAACAAACAAACUCCUUGGCGGAGGUAAAAAUACAACAGCAAGAAUCGACCUGAAAAUACCAGGCUGCAGUUAAAACCAAUGUGAGUUGGAUUGAAGUUGCUUUGAAAAAAAGCUGAUUACUUUUAACUCUCGUUAAUCGAUCGUCAUGACAAUAAUAUUCUUGAACGUUUAUAUUUGAGUAGACCUGUGCUAAACGUCAGCCUCUGAAUGAGAAUAAACAGUGGUGCUCUAGCCCAUGGCUUACUGGUGUUGGUGAUAUUCAUGAGAAAAAUGAUAAGCAAUUCAUCACAUUGUUUUUUUUGACAUGACUCAGCAGUUAAUCUCUACCAGCAUGACAGUCUUUAAUCUACAUGUUUGCAGAAGAACUUUUGUCGUGUUUGCUAACUUUGAGAGAGAAAACAGUUACAGCCGAAGUCCAAAGACAUACCUGCAGUUACUGCUGAUCACAAUCAUUCUCUGUAAUUGCAUUUUAAGUCCUACUGGAAGUACAAGAGCUUGUGUAACAUCCUGUGACAGAUAAGGACAAAACUGGGACUCAGGUGCUGAGAAGAAAGCAAGACACAAACUGCAGAACAGGGAAAGGUUCUUUAUUCAACAGCUCCACACAGGAAGUCAGCCAGCGAACAAAGAUAAUUUCAGCAAGGGCAAAUAAAAAAAAACACCAAAUUUAAGAAGCUGGAGAGCAUAAACAUACUGGUGAAACAAUACAAAACACACUAAAUGUCAUUACAGUUUUAGCAUAAUACAACAACAUCAAAUGUAUGUAACUGUAAUUAAACUGUAAAUCCAGAAUCUGGUAUUAGCGUCUAGAAAAGGCAUUCGUGGAAUUGACAUCAGAUGCUGAUCACUUUUUUUAAUCACAAAUCCAACAAGGGCUUUAAAUUUACACGAUUAAACUGCUUUGUUGUUCUUCAAAUGUUCAAAUGAAACCAAACAUCUUUUUAUUCCUUUUUUUUCUCCUGUGUUUUCGUUUUAGCUGACCUGUUUGACAUCCUGCUGCCCAUGUUAAACAUCUACCAGGAGUUUGUGCGAAACCAUCAGUACAGCCUGCAAGUUUUAGCAAACUGUAAGCAGAACAGAGACUUUGACAAGCUGCUGAAACAGUACGAGUCAAACGCCGCCUGUGAGGGGAGGAUGCUCGAGACCUUCCUCACAUACCCCAUGUUCCAGGUACAUCAUGAACACCAUGAUCCACUUAUUUGUGUACGUUAUUUCCUAAUGUAAUUCGAUCUUUAUGUAUACAUUUUAUUCUCCUUCAAGAUCCCUCGCUACAUCAUCACCUUACACGAGUUACUAGCACACACUCCUCAUGAGCAUGUGGAGCGCAAGAGUCUUGAAUUUGCCAAGUCCAAACUAGAAGAACUGUCCAGGUAAAGCCGUCUGAAUGACCAUCUUUCCAGACAACAUUUUGACACCAGAUUGUGGACUAACUUACAUGUUUGUGUGUUUUUAGAGUAAUGCAUGAUGAAGUGAGCGACACAGAGAAUAUCCGGAAGAACCUGGCCAUAGAGAGGAUGAUCGUGGAGGGCUGUGACAUCCUGCUUGACACAAGCCAAACGUUCGUCAGGCAGGGUGAGUCUGCAUCAUCACCUCGCUGCACUUCUCACUGUAAAGCGUUGGAUGAUUUGGUCUGACAGUAAGACCCUUUAGCCUCUCAACUUUAGAUCUGAGAGCACUGACAUGGUACCUUAGCGGGGCUCAGUCUCUGAAUCAUGACUUUAGCUUUAAAGAUUUGGCUUUCUCUGAACUUUCCAGGAAAAAAGUUGUUUUACAAAUCAGCAGAACUUCUUAAAGGUUUAUGAUAGAACAUUAUUUUCACAAGGAACUUUUGGAUUUCUGUCCAGCCAUUUGCCAUUAUUUUUUAACAUUUAUCAGACUGGUUAGUCCAUUGACAUAUCAGUAAUUUUACCUCUAAUGUUAGACAGCAAAAAUAGUUCCUGGUGGAUUGCUUGAGUUGUUUUAAGCCUUUUUAUUUCAAUAAAUCACAAAAAUGUCAGCAUUUGUUGCACCCAAAAGAAGUUGCUGUUUGGUAGAGAAGGAUACACUUCCAAGUUUUGAUGAAAUUCGGCUUCUUUUGGCUGACUUUCAAUGCCACUCAUUGUCAAAUAUUUGACAAAUAUAUUUCAUAUAAAGCAAAGAGAAGCUUUAAAACCCCAACAGGUUGUGAUUCUGCUGCAGUGGAGACGAAUAUAUUGGCUGCGAUCACUUGUAUAAGCCAAGGACUAAACGUGGUGUCAUGGCAACAGAAACAGCAGUCUUCCUGAUCCAACAAAACAAAGUCAUUCUUGAUUACCUGUAUCUAGAAUCUACCUCCUUGAAUACCCAGUUUCGUCGGCUGUUCUUAAAAAGAGUUGAUAGGGGAGACACAGUCCUCCAAAGGCUCUGAUCCAAGUCGUGCAAAUUCUUGAAUGAUGCAGAUUUGUUUUGGAGCGAGACUGUGGACCCAUAUCUGUUCCAGUUGGUACAGUGUGCAAACUCCAAAAAUGAUAUCUGAUCUCAUGGACUCAAAGAGCAGUUUUCCAUUUAAGGCUGAACAAAAGUGACACAGUGUGUAGGGCUGCAAACUAGCUGCUUUAGGAGUGCAGAGGAGAGCAUGCUGUGAAGUUUGUCAAGCUGUUGAGUCAGAGGUCAGGAGAUGUGGCUGUCAUUAGCUCUGACGGAACCUUUCUUCUUUUAAUCACUUGAGUUUUUGUCAUUUUACCUGCCCAUGUCGUGAUCUCUGUCUUCUCAGUCUCUGUCAGGUGCUCAUACUAAAUACAGGAAUAGCUCUGACAUGUUGCCUUACUGCAUGUGCAUUUGUUUAACUACAGACACUGAGUGAACUCAGCCCUCAGCUUAGUGUCAGCUUAAUGAGAUGAAAUGUAAUCCUGGUCCCGUCCUGUCCCUCACACAGGCUCUCUGAUCCAGCUGCCGUCAGUCGAGCGAGGGAAGCUGAGUAAAGUUCGUCUGGGCUCACUCUCUCUUAAGAAGGAAGGGGAGAGGCAGUGCUUCCUCUUCACUAAACACUUCCUUGUGUGCACACGCAGUUCUGGGGGAAAACUGCACCUGCUUAAGGUGAGAAUACCACUUUUUUUUUUGAUUGAUUACAAAUUCAGCUUAUAUGUACAACAUCCCUCAAUAUCAUCACAUCAAGAUAACUAUCAUUGUCGUAGAACAGAGGUGGGCAAUCAUGUGCCAUGGAGGGCCAAGAGGCUGCAGGUUUUCCUUCCAACCCAAAACUCCACCAGGUGAUUUCACUGAUUAGUCCCUGCUCUCUGCUUGGAGGUAAGGUAAUCAGUGAAAUCACCUGGUGGAGUUUUGGGUUGGAAGGAAAACCUGCAGCCUCUCGGCCCUCCAUGGCACAUGAUUGCCCACACCUGUCGUAGAAUCACCAUUAGUCAAUAUUUCAGUAAAAUCUUAUAUAGAGUGACUAAAUACAUAGAUGUCAUCACUGACCAAAAUACCAUCACUGUCCAAGUAUAAGAGGUUUUCUCCUUGAAAUACACCUGAAAAAAGUGGGACUGUCUUAUAUUUAGGGUUUGAUAAUUAAAUACCAACAUCUGUUUACAACAGUGUAUGGGCAACUCUCAUCUAUUAAGAAAGUGUGUCCUUCAUGACUGUGGCCAACCACCACUCACUGCUACAGGGCCAUGGAGAUGAAAGACAGAGAUACUCAGUGAUUGUCAGGAAUAAAGUUGCAUAAAGUCAAAAGUGUUGACAGAGUUAAACAGUUGAUAUAGAGUUAUGAUAUACAUAUGGAGAUAAUGGAGAUCAAUGCAGCGAAGUACAUAGUGUCCAAAACUAUAAUGUCUGUAGACAGAGAGCAAACAAAGUCAGCCUUAGAUACAUGUGAGGAUGUUACUAAAAAUUUAUAAAACAACCAGACCCCUCAUUCAUCCAAAAGACUGCAGGUUAUUUAGAAUUUUAUUGUAUGGAAAAACUGAUACCAUCAGUAAUUUAUCAUAGACUGAUCACAUUUUAUUUCAUUUAAAUGUGAUAAUCUUACUGCUAAUUAUUUUGUAAACAUUGUUUACAAAGCAGGGCUGUCUGCAAACUUCGUGCAUUGAUAGGUUUCAGAUGCACACAGUAGUUAGGAUUUCCCCCAUAUGAAGGGGAGAGCUUUUACAGCCCAUUUCAGCAUUGACAAGUGUUUUGAUAAGGGACAGUAUUUUCCAGUGUUUCUAUUUUUUUUUUAAUGUGAUUCUGGUAUUAUGGCUAUGAUGUAGUGAUAUUGUUUCUUAGUUAGUGGAGUGCAUCAGAGAAGACGUUCAAUCGUUUGCCCAAUAUGGACUGAGAAACUGUUUCGGAAAAUAAUGUCAUUUCUAAACUUGAGUAAAAAUGCAAUUAAUCCCAAUGAACUCUUGAAAUUCUGUGAUUAAUUGCAAUUAAAGAAUAUUUGACAGCCUUGUUAAAAAGUAAUGGAAACAAUACCCUCAUUGGUUUUAUCAAUGUUUUUGUUGAAACAUUAUUUUAAUGAAAAUUCUUUUCUAUUUAAAUCAAGCUUCAAUCUUAAAUUAGUUCUCUAACAAUUAACAGCUUCGCUAUGAUCAACACAAGGAAGGUACCCCUAGGGUCUGCAGGAGCAGGGGUGGAAGAUGACUCACUGGCAGAUUACACAGUCACAGUCCAUAGAACGGACAGGAUUAUACAUUGGAUGAGUGAUUCAGUGGCGGAAAGGGGCAUGGACCUGUCCUCCGGGGCUGAACUCCAGAUAACAGGACUAUGAGUGGUAUGAAUGCUUCAGUGGAGGACAGGGAUGAGAUUAUGAAAGGAAGGAAGCCCCAGACUUGUCCUGGUGGUUAGCAGAAAGUAACAAUCAAGGGUCUCAGGACACAUCAGGGCAAGAGGGAAAAAGGAAAUGCAGAGUCACUGCAUUGACCUUAACUUCUUGAGAAGUCUGUCGUGUCAGUCAGUCAAAGGCCAGCAACAGGUAGAAAACCACAGUUUGUAGGAUAUCACCGACCAUGUCACUGAGGGGUAUGGCGCUGUAGGGGUGGAUAUGGAUGGGACUAAGGCCAGCCUGUCAGCCUGGUAUAGGACCUGUGGGUAAAUUGGUCUUCUUGUAUUUGAAACAAGUAUGGUCAUUUUAUUGAUCUUGUAUUUUAUUGCAAGUUGUUAAUAUUUGCUGUCAAAUUCUUGCAGCAAGGUGGAGUUUUGUCCCUGAUUGACUGCACCCUCAUAGAGGAACCGGAUGCCAGUGAUGAGGAGUGUAAGUUCACUACGUCUGUGAGUCAGUGUUUCUCAGUGUUUGGUCAUUUAUUAGACAGCUCUCAUUGGUUCAUUUGAGCUCCUCAGCACUCAUGGAGGUUAAUUAGGUGUCAGAUGAUAAGUGUCCAGAAAUUACUGCCCUUUAAAUAUCAGAUGCUCACCCUUUUAAAUGUCGGGGUUUGAUCUUUUGACAUUACCGGUCCAUUAUUUGUUUUUCCUAAGGAUUCAUUUUGCAAGUACGGAGACUGAUGGAGCAGACACAGACACACACGCAGUGAAAAAACACAUACAUGUGCACACAUCUUCAAAACACAAUCAACAGCUUAAGCCUCCGGGGAGCGAAGAAUUAAGAUAGCAGGUCCACAUCAUUAAUUCUUAGUGUGUUUGCAUUUUGUGUGUGUGUGUGCGUGCACUUUUUUACUAUCAUGAAGAAGAUUGCAUGAUUGUAAAUAGCACUUCAUUUUUCUUCAUCACACAGCUAAAGCAGGCGGUCAAGUAUUUGGCCAGCUGGACUUCAAACUGGUCGUGGAGCCGUCAGACUCUCCCUCAUUCACAGUCGUGUUACUGGCGCCAUCUCGUCAGGAGAAGGCAGCGUGGACGAGUGAUAUUAGUCAGGUAAUACAGCAAGAUACACAAACACACACCUAGACAAACACUGAAUAACAAGAGCCUGCAAAUAUCAAGAGCACAUAUCCUCCGGGUAUAGAGAAGCUUAGUGAUAAGUAAACACAGACACGGGCGCAGUUCCCCUGAGGUGUGAGCAGCUCACUGUCUUAGUGCUUUACAAACACAGUUGCACAAUACAAGUAUGUCACGCUGAAUUAAUUUUUAAUCAGAUAAUUAAACAACAUGAACAGUUAUCAAUGGCUGCAGUUUUCCCUGAGAAUGGACUUCCAGACUCAAAUCACAGCAUGAUUAAACUUGACAAAGAGCAAACAAGAGACUGUUCCACUGAGGGAAAUAAACACCCAACAUUUCAUAAAAUCAAACACCAUUCAGCAAUAAGACAUUUGGUGAACACUUUAUUUGACACCUAUUUCUGUAACGCAUUAUAAAUAUAUGUAUAAUGCGUUAUAAUCACGUUAUAGCACUGUAUAACUAAAGUUAUAAACACUCGUAAAUGAUCAUAAUGCUUUAUAGCAACAAUCAUUAAACAUUAUAAAGCAUUUUAUCAUGACGUACAAGGUCAGGUUUUAUAAUGUGUUAUAACUGUUAACAACUCACUGACAAUGCCCACAUAGAUAAUGCAAUAAAACUGUUGUUAACAGUUAUACCACAUUAUAAAACCUGACCUUGUAAGUCAUGAUCAAAUGCUUUAUAAUGUGUUAUGAUUAUUUCUAUAAAGCAUUAUGAUCAUUUAUAAGUGUUUAUAACUAUAGUUAGACAAUGCUAUAACGUCAUUAUAAUACAUUAUACAUACAUUUAUAAUGUGUUAUAGAGAUAGGCAUCAAAUAAAGAGUUACAGACAUCUGCUAUCAGUGCUCAAGUCGUCUUAGAUCCUGUUUUCAUGAUCUUCUAUACUGUAAAAAUGCCACAAAUGACAAAACAUGCCUACUUUAGAAGUACCUCAUUAGAUAUGUAAAAUUUUCUCUUUUCCUCCUCUCAAAUUGGUGCUCUUUUACAUUGUUCUCUCAUUUCUUCUCUUUGUCCCUGUAGUGUAUUGAUAAUAUCCGCUGUAAUGGGUUGAUGACCAGCGUCUUUGAGGAGAACUCGAAGGUCACCGUGCCUCACAUGAUCAAGUAAGUAUGUUUGUGUUUGUGGAGGAAAAAAAAAACACCUCUUCAUGCCAGUUUUGCUAAAGUGUAAAAUGUAUCUUAGAUGUGUUGAUGUAUGGUACAUAGUUUAGGCUGUUUGUUAUGUAUUUUGCUCCUUUGUAUUAAUUUAAGCUGUUGCUGAAAUCUGCCCCAAAAUAUUCUUUGGUAUCCGUUUCUUAUUUUCAACUUUGAAACAUAUUAAUUAUUUUAUUCAUUUCUCUCUUGCUUUUUUUGUGCAUUUUUGCUGAGCUACUUUCACAAUUUUUUCCUUUUCAUAAUUCUUUUCACCCAUGCUUGGUUAUGUGUGUGUGUUUGUAUGUGUGUACUUGUAUAUUCAUCAGAUCCGAUGUGCGUCUCCAUAAAGAUGAUGUUGACAUUUGCUUCAGCAAGACGCUCAACUCCUGCAAGGUCCCCCAGAUCCGCUACGCCAGCGUGGAGCGGCUGCUGGAGAGGCUGACCGACUUGCGCUUCCUCUCCAUUGACUUCCUCAACACCUUCCUGCACACAUACAGGAUCUUCACCACGGCAACGGUUGUUAUGGACAAACUGGCUGACAUCUACAAGAAGCCUUUCUCCUCUAUACCUAUCAGGUCAUCACACAAAGAACACUCGAACAUGCUUUACAUCCACUCACACAGAAUAGGAGUAGAUGCAGACAAAUUCACUCCUCUUUUAUCAUCUGUCUGUAUUUGUGUUUGUAUGAGAGUGUGAAAAUUUGAAGGAUGUGUAUGUGUGUUAAAUGAGUGUACUCUCAGUGUUUUAUAAGCCUCCCCCUCAUUCUGUGAAUGAUGUAGUCCACUGUGGGUCAGUUUUUUGGACUCAGCAUGCAGCUCCCACAUCUGUCCACAAGGUUGAAUACAUUCUGGCUGAAACACACAAAAGUUCUUGUGUUGGGACCGACAGAACAGAUGCUUCAACAAGCAAAGUUUUUGGCACAGCUGUAGGAACAUGUUUGUCAGAUGAGAAGUUAUCUCUUUUUUAUCAUGCUCUCUUUAAGUGCAACUCUGACUAAAACAAAACUGUGUCCUGUUUUUAUUUAUCUAUUUUAUAACAUUGCCUCUUAAGCCGAAAACAUACAGGAUCCGCAUUGAGUGCGUUCCGUCAGCGUCGCGUAUCUGCUGCGUUGAGCAGAGCUGUCUAUCGCAUAUUUGGAGCGUAGCAGCAGCGUAGUGCAGCCCCGGUCACCUGGGUUCAGUAUAGAGGAAACAACAUGCACACAACAGGUUGUUUUGCAUUUCUGUGGUCUAUUUUCUGCUAAUUUGGAUAUAAUUCAGUGACUGUUGAGCUUUUACUAUAUGCGUCUGCCUCCUUGCUGAGUGAAGCCACUCCGAGAACAGCACCCUCUGUUGAUGGGCUGCAGUAUAGGUCAUAAAUCCCGCCUCCACCAGCAAAGAUUAUGGAGCUGUGGACAAACUUUAGAAAUUUAUUACACAGAACAUAAUUUUGUGCUCAAGUCCUCCUUUUUCUGUGAAGCUCCGUUUUUAAAAGUUUUUAGAGGGUUCAUGUUUGCUAUGAUUGACACCGGAUACAGCCUAUGGGCGUUCAGGGAUUGAGUAGCUCCCCCGGGGGAUACGUUCAGAGCAUAGACUGUAUAUAAGAUGGACAACCUGGUUCCGCCUUCUGCCUGUAUACGGAUUUGAAGCCAAGAUUUAAAAGCUCUCGGUAAUUCCGGGUUUUUCUCCACUUCCUUGAAACCAGAGCUGCGCAGUAGCGAUGCGCGCAUUCGGCCGCGCAGUCGCCGAGAGUCCCUGUGAUGACGCUCGGCUCAAACAGUGUAUCCCCCCGGGUGAUACACCCCCGGAUUGUUUAAUCCACUGCUCUGGAUACGUUGUUUGAGCUGAGGGUCAUCACAGUGACUCUCUGCAACUGCGCGGCCGAAUGCGCACAACGCUACUGCACAGCGCUGGUUACAGGAAAUGAAGAAAAAUCCCGGAAAUAUCGAGAGCUUUUUGGCUUCAAAUCCGUAUACAGGCAGGAGGCGGAACCAAGUUGUCCAUAGUAUAUACAGUCUAUGCUUCUGAUACAGAGCUGCAGUGGAGCUGAUACGUGUCCUGUAUGCGAUGCUGCAUUCAUUUGAAUGGCAACCUAUUUGCUAUGUGAUUCGCAACGCUUACAGAACGCGCUCAAUACGGAUCCUGUAUGUUUUAGCCUUUAGCCCCCAGAAAGUUCUCUGAUAGCAAAGAACGGGUUAGUAUGUAAAGUUCAGGUUUACAGGAAUAAAAAGAGGCGUGAUUGUGACCAUAGGAAGAGUAGUGUUGUGUUGUGCUGCAUUCAAAGUAUCUCAAAAUUCUAUUUAGAAAGAUUUGUUUCAAAAAUCUACUUGUUUUUUAGUUUCUCCUGGAGUGACCAGGUGCCCAAAUUUUCAACUUUGCUGGUGCCUGUUGUCUGUCUAUGUGACUGUUAUAAAAAAAAAAAAACACAGAAACAAAGACAGCUCACUGUAAUUUUUUUUCACUGUUGUUUUCUUUCCUUUGGCCACUUGUCAAUCUAAGAGACUGGUAUUAUGCUUCUCUUCCGCUGAAACGCUGCUCCCCUCUUUAUCAUCAAACACACCUUUCCUCUUUCAAGACAUUCAUUCAUCAUCCUUUGAUCAUUUUCCCUUAAACCAUCUCCCUCUGUUUCACAUCUUGCAUUUUCAUGUCCUAACAAUCCUCCAUUUAAUCAUUUUUGUGUUUUCCAUCCUGCUGUGGUCUUCAAUUACAGGGCGCAGUAUCACUCAUUUGACCGUCUGUCCUUCUCAUCCAUCUGUCCUGACUACAGUUUGAAGAUCAAGAAGAUAGCCAUGGAUCAGUCUAAGUAACCAGCUCCUCUCUCUCUCUCUCUCUCUCUCUCUUCCUCUCUCUGAACUUUUCCUGCCUGUGCCCCAUUGCCUCUGGUCUUGGUCUGACACUCAGCUGAUGCUAGAUUUCCCCCUCUUCUACUUUCUUCUACCCUCUACAUUGAAUCUAUCUACGAAUAUGAAUGAAAACUCUCAGCGAUUUUCUGGUUGAUGCUGUAAAAAAUUGGAUGUUUUUCUGCUCUGUAACCACAUAAAUCCAUUUCUCUCCUUUCCUUUCUAGUGCUUUUAAAAUACUUCUCUGUAGCAUCUUCCACUGCUUGCCUCCUUUUUUCUACUUUUGCCUCAAGUUCUUCUCUGCUUUUCAAGAAUCUUUCCUUCCUCUUUUCAUUUCUCUCCUCCUUCUUUUUAACUGGGAUGCAUUUUGUUCUUCUAUUUCCUACUGAAUUUGAGGCUUGUGUGGAUAAAUGCUGGCUGUGUGUAUCUGUGCAUGAGAACUCCUUCCUAGGCAUAGCUCUUUACACACGACUCUGAGCAGUGUUGUCACAAAAACAAUAAGCUUAUUGCUCAUAGAUUCGAACUUUUACACUUUAAGCAUUAAGCACUGAAGCUUUAACUUGGAGAAAAGUACUCUUAUCUUUUGAGCUGAGGUCCUUUUAUUGGUAACGAUUCUUCAGCAUUAAGCAUUUUAUUAGGUAUAGAAGUCAUCCCACUGAGCAAUAGAUGGCUAUUAGACAUCUACUAUUUUUUUGACCUAAUUUCAACCGUCUAGAUUCUGUAUAUUUUUAGACAGAAUUUAGACGUUGCACUUUAAGCCAUUAUUCAAUAACUAUUUAUUUCAAAAAGCAACUGGAAGUUGCAUAACUGAUCUCCAAGUACUUAACAAAAAUAAUUAUGAUAGCCGUUAAGCAAAAUACAGUGUAGUAUAGAUAUAGCCGGCUAGUCUAAACUUGGUUUAAAUCUGGACGUCUAAAAAAAGUUCAUUUUUAGACCUGUGGUAGCCUGAUUUUGGACCAGUCGUCUAGGCUACAUUUAGACGUCUAUUAGACCUCCUUUAGACCAAAAAAAUGCUCAGUGGGAUGUAUGUGACUCUGAGCUAAAGAGUUUCACAAACCUGAACUUGUACACAGUUUUUGAGCAGCUUUAGGUGAGCUUAGACACACUUUACACAUCAACACACACUUCUUAGGAGAGUGGAACAGAACGGUGACAAUAAGUCAAAGGUAAUCUGAUGAGAGCGUAACACCAAAAUCCACCUGACUUAUCCACAGAGUCAACCUACUUUAACCUAAUUCAACUUCUGACUGGAGGCACAAAACAGCGUCUCCUCUUGUUUAAGCAAAUAUUGUUGCAUAAACUUUCCAACAUGGUUGUACAGCGGUUAUUGAGCAAGAUGCAGAACAUACUCAGGUGGACUACCGCAGGGCUCAUAUGAAGACAAACAACCAGACACACGCACAAUCUCACUUACGAGCAAUUUAAAGUCACCUGUUAACCAAACAAGCAGAAAACAGUGACCACAGGUAGUCCAGAUCAUACAAACUCCCUGCCUUAGCCAGGAUUUGAGCAGGAUUUUGACCUUUACAGAGAUGCAACAGUGCUAAAACCUGCUGUAUCCAGCUUCUUAGAUGUGAAAUUGUUUAUAAUAUCUACCACCAUUGCUGUCUUCAUUGUAGUUUUGUACGUCUGUGCUGACCAGAGUUUCACUAUUGAGAAAAGAGCUUUAGAAGUAAGUAAAGUGAGUUAAACUGUGUUAUAAAGAGGCUAUAAAUCUAAAACGUUAAGCUUACAAUUGCUUUAGGGAAACCCCACAGUCUAUUUCAUAUGACAUAUAUCCACUUUAAACUUUGGACACUGUUCCUCUUAUGUGGAUGUAAACACUCUAAAAUUAAAGCUGAGAGUCAGCACGGUAACCUCAUCGAUGGUGUUCUUCAUGCAGGAGUACAAAUUUAAAACUGUGUCAGUGUCGUAAUACUUUCUGACUGCACUGUGUGUGCCCACUCAUUAUUAGUCACUGUGGAUAACAAUGUUAGCUAAAUGCCCCACAUGUAACUCUGAAUGCCUUUGGGUUUGCUAUGAAAUGUAAAUUCUUCCAUGUGAUGCUGUUUUCUGCUCUUACUCUGUUUUUAUCAUUUCUGAAUACACAGCAUGCAAUUUUGUUUUGAGUUCAGACUAAUUCAGAAACACUGUCUGACAACGUUCAUUUGAAAUUGAACCUUAACACUUUCAGGCAUGCAGUACAGAUCUUGAUGUGAGCUGCUGCAGCUUUAUAUUUUCUCUACAUCUUUCUCUCAUUUCCCCUGAAUACUCUUUUGCAUUUUAAAACUAUCCACUUAUUUUUCUGAAAUGUUACUUUUUUCCUCUUCUGCAGGUCUUUGGAGCUUUUCUUUGCCACCAAUCAGAACAACAGAGGUGGUGAACACAUGAAUGACAAAUCUCCUCGUCUCUGCCGCAAGUUCUCCUCUCCUCCUCCUCUGUCCAUCCCCUCCCGCACUUCCUCCCCUGUCCGAACAAGAAAGCUCUCCCUCCACUCCCCCAUCACUGGCAGGGUUGGAGGUCUGGACCUGACCAGUCCUCUGUCAAACUCCAGCACCAAUCCUAGCACUUCCCAGUCUGCUGCCAGCAGUCCGACUUCAGCCCACACUCCCCAAACCCCCACGCCUCAGACUCCGACUCCAACCACCUCCUCUCCUCCUCCUCCUCCCUCCUCUAUCUCUCCUCCACCCAGCAACUCUAAGCUACCACAAGAACAAGCUCCUCCCAUUCCCACCUCGCCGGACCAGAGUCCCUGCUCGACUGCUGAAGGGGAGGAGGUGCCCAAGAUCGACCCCUUCUGUGGCAAACUGAGACGCAGUAUCCGCAGAAGUAAGUCAUGGUUAACUCAGAUCAAAUGCAAACACAUUUAACCUGCUCAGAUCUGUUUGGUUCUAUGUUUCUGUUGACAUGUUCUGUUUCUGUUUUUGUCAGAUUUUUAGUACUUUGCCAUUCUGCGUUCGUUCUGCUAUUUUGAACAAUUUAAGGGGUCCACAUCAACUCCAAAUUAGAUUAGCGUAUUGUAGACACUUUAAAGGUUAAAACUUAUAAAAGGGUUUUGCACACAUCAAAGGGUGGGUCCCUGGUGGUGUGCCAAACAGGAAGUUCUUGUAAUAUCUUUUAAAUGUGUUCAAUAUGUUCUUAAUGUCACAGACAUGAUUGUGGCUCACUCCUGAACACUACUGUGUGCUGAUUUUCCAACUAGAUUCAAAGUGCAGCUCAUAUAGCACUCACUUGACUAUACAAUGUUCAAUCUGCUCCAGAUUUUAUAUCUCAGUCUGAACUCAUCUGCAUAAACAUUAUAGUCAUUGUGAUAGCGCCACAUAAUGGAAACAAGCAGCAUUAACUAUACCAAGUUCUUCUUUUCUUAUAUUUUCUUAUUACAGUCGUGGAUCAGUUUAAAAUCUGAACUGUUUGAAUGUUCACAGUACAGAUUAACAUUGGGUCAUACUCAGAGCCCCAUCUACAGGUAAAAGCAAGUGCUACACUGUCCUGUGUGCAUAAAAUAAAACAUGCUUACAGAUUUCCAACGCAACAGGCACGUGAAAAGUAAGAAAUUCUCAUAAAACGCCUCAAUCUUGUGUUUAAGAUCAGCAUGUAGAGCCUGAUCAGAGCACUGAACUCCAUGUGAAGAGCUGGAGGUCACUCAUCUAAUGACACAGUGUGAAGUGCUCCCUGUAAGAGCUGAACAGAUGCCUAGUGGGACAUCAUUAUCUCCUUGUAUUUGUGUGCCUGACUCAGCUAAGCCGUCUUCCCACCGCACAGACUCAGAUCUUCUAACAGUGGUACUAAACACCCCUCUCAGACUGAAGAGACAGAGAGACAGAGACAGAGAGAGAGAAAGAGAGAGAGAGAGAGAGAGCAUCAGGGCAUCUGAGGCAGCACAGGAGGACAAGUGACCCUAAUUAGCCACACACACACACAUGAAACCUGCAUGUGUGCAAAAAUGUGUGCAUGUGUGACAGCUGCUAACCGCUCAUGAGGAAGUAAAGAGGCAUUAGCACUUGUACCAGAAAGCCAUUCUCACCUCCUCCUCCACAUGCAGUCUCUCUUACACAUAAAGUAGAUAUAGAACUGUAUAUAGGUACAUACUUGUUGGUGUGGACCUAUAGAUGUAAAGCACUUACUUACCUUCCCGACAGUUCUUUUUUAUUUAGACGGCUAAGAUGAUAAUUCAGCAUGUUGGAGUGUUUUCUAGUUUGAGAUUAGUCUUUUAGUGUCUUGAUAAUUUGUCAGAAACACCUUAUUGGUUUCCACUUUAAAAAAACAGGGAGGCGAUGAUGAGAAAACUCCUAUAUAUAAAGGUGUAACAGCGUACAAGAUCUGCCUGAAUGGUUUAGUAUGUGUGAAAAUGGCUGUGAAACAUGCUAACCUUGACUUCACAGGUGCUGGUAGAAGUUUUUAGAGAGUGUGUCAGAGUUUCUGAGUAUGUGGGUUUUACUCAAGUGUCUAUUUUUCACACGAAUACCCUUAUUUGAUGUUUUUCUAUCGCUAACUGCUCCUGUCAAUCAACAUUGAAUUAGAAAAUAGGAAAAUGUUAAGUAAAUAAAAACAACCCUAAUCAUCUGCUGGUUUUAGUUUGGGAUCUCUGCAUGACUGUAACCUGAGUUAAACUCUUCUCUCCAGUUGAGCAGCAGCUGUAAAAACUGUCACCAUGACUGUAACCAUUACUGUCAUCGUCACUGUCGUUUUUGUUUUUCUCUUCCCUCUCCUGACUAGCUGUGCUGGAGUCUGUGUCACUGGAGAAAAUCAUCCCAGAGUCUCCUCAGACCAGUGAAGCUGGAGACAUGUCUCCAUGUCGCUCCCCGUCUACUCCUCGGCACCUCCGCUACAGACAACCCGGAGGUACCAGUGUGUGUGUUUGUUUGUGUGUGUGUGGAGUGGCUGUGACUCAGAUCUGUGUCACAAAGCCACAGCCAGAGGCCCUCACAGUGGGCAGUGCUGUGCCCACAGACUGGCCACUCUGACCUCUGGAGACUGACAUCUUAGGAACAAUGCAAAGCUGAAAUACAGCCAGAGCAGGGCGUAAAUGUCUCUGUGUGAGUGUGCGUGACUGUAUACUGGGAUAGUUUCCUCUAUGUGGGUCCAGUUUGAUAGACUCUCUUUAUCAGCAUCAUGGAUGGUUAUCAUUUCUCUGUGUGUCUGCAGGUCAGUCAGGUGAGAACUCCCGCUGCUCGGUCUCUCCUGCUUCAGCUUUUGCUAUUGCCACAGCAGCAGCAGGACAUGGUUCACCGCCAGGUACACACAUACACACAGAUAUAAAGAGACACAAACAGCUGCACAUUAUAGUAGAACACAUCAUUUGAAUACAUUGUUUUUUAUUUUUGAGGGUGAACACAGUUACCACGUCUAACGUCUAACCCAGGGGUGUCAAACUCAACCACAGCAAGGGCCAUAAUCUGGAUUUAGGUCUAACCUGAGGGCCAAACAGGGUCAACAUUUCACUAUAACUGUCAACCUCCUUUUCAAAAAAUAUGUAACAAAAACAGCAAUGAUUAUAAAUCGUUCGGAAAUUCAAAGAAGAUAAGUUUAAAGGAAAUCUGAGAUAGAAACAUUUUUUUUAUUUUUUAUUUUUUAUUCGAUUUUUAUAUAUUAGUUCAAAAGUUUAGAGCAUGAUGUUAGAAAUAUAAAAAUUAAUGGUUUUAAAGAGCAAAUACAUGAGGAGAAUGUUGAAAUCAGGUUUAAAAGGUGAAAAUAUGACUUAAAAUUUAGAAUUGGAAUCUAAAGUAUAAAAAUGUCUAAAUACUGAGUUGAACAAAAUCAAAGCAUCAAAUAAAAAAAUUAAAUCAUGUUUGACACGUAAUCUAAAAAAGCAAAAUUGAAAACAUGAAAUAAAACACCAAAUAUUUUUCCUCCACAUUCUUGACUAUUUAUCAAAUCUUUUUCACUCUUUAAUUUCCCAGAUUUUCGUUGUUUAUUAAGGACAUUUUAAAAAAUGGUGCUAAAGUUUACAUUAUUAUACUGGAGGAAAUCUGCAGACUUCAUAUUGCUGGGCCAGUAAUAAUAAUACAAAUAUGAUAUGAUCUUGUGGGCCAUAUAUAAUUGUUCCACGGGCCAGAUUUGGCCCCGGGACCUUGAGUUUGACACCUGUGCCUCUAUCUCUUCUCUCUCUUCUUCCUCUCUAAUGUUCCUGCAGUGUUUACUAACUCUGAAAGAACUUGUGAUAAAGAUUUCAUCAUCCGCCGCGCUGCAACUAACCGAGUCCUGAAUGUGCUGCGCCACUGGGUCUCCAAACAUUCGCAGGUCUGUCCACACCCACCACCGCCUGUUUGUGUCCGUGAGUGUGAGUGUGUGGUCUCUGAUUUCUGCUGAGGUGAUCAAGUCUGCGGUCUCAUUAAAGCAGGUGUCUGAAGCAUCUCCCUGCUCCGCUGCUCUUACUUGAACAUGUAAACAACAACACACACAAACACACCCACUACUGCUGCCGUGUCAAUUGGACACCCAGCUAAACCCGCUUCAGUCCACCUACCCACUCUUGUUCUUUACAGCCAGCAUUGUCUCCACUGAAUUGAUUAUCACAGUAAUUGCUUGACUCCCAGCUCGGAGGUCCAACUGCAUUGAUCUGUUUCACGAAUUCUUUCCAGUGUGACAAAAUGCUGUGAUGACAGCGUAGCUUUAGUCGGCUUAUUAAGACAGAGGCAAACACACAUACACAUUUGUCUACACACCAACUCACACCGUUCUUUGGGAGAGCUUGUUAAAACCUGUUUUUGAUCAAGAGUGAGGGCGAAAAAAGGAGGAAGUUUGAUCAAAUACAAGGACAAAAAAUUAUAUUUUAGCAUGAAUUUGGCACCCAAAAGACGAACAAACAAACAAAAAACUGCUGUCUUGAUAAGAAAGAACUAAAGCAACUUUGUGAUGUGGUUUUGUUUAAUUAUUAGUUUGACAACCAAAUUUUUCAAUAGAUCUUUAGAUAGAUUUUUUACAGCCUUUACUGCAGAUGUAAGCCAGUCACAGGACAAAAGAAAUGUGACUGUAAUGUAGCAGCUAAGUUACCCACACAAAAAGACAGUUUAACUUCAUAUAUGAUGUAUAAUAUAAAUUAAAAUCUGUCAAAUAUCGUAGUAAAAUCUGUCUAAUAAUGCAUCCAGUGUGUCUGCAAAAGAAAUAGGCACAUAAAAAUGUCACUUUACAUCUCUUAAUAAGUAAUCCAAAACCAAGACAGAAGACUCUUGACCGUCAUUAAGGGUAUGAUCAGUUUUCAACUUGUCUAAAGCUUUUGUUUCUCUGGUUAAGGUUUCAUUUCAAACUUUGGAUCAGAGUUCGAUUUUGUGGUGGAAGCUGGGGAAUCCAUAAAACUUGUCGUAAGUGUCAUGCAGAAAUUCAAAGGUGUUUUAUUUGUGUUCAGGACUUUGAGAUGAACGGGGACUUGAAGAUGUCGGUGAUCUGUCUUCUUGAGGAGGUGCUGAGAGACCCUGACCUCCUCCCCCAGGAGAGAAAAGCUACUGCCAACAUACUAAGGUAAACCCCAACAUGCCAUACCUGUGUUAUUCCACUUGAAUAUCCAUUCAACACUUAAUGCAUUGUUACCUUUUUCCCUUGAGACAGUGACAGUCUUAUUCUAGUUUGUCACAUUCUUUCUAUCUUUCAUUGGCUGCUGUUUUAUUUUCUGUUUUCUGUUCUUCUGUCCUACAUCAGUGCCCUUUCUCAGGAUGAGCAGGAUGACGCCCAGCUGAGGAUAGAGGACAUCUUACAGAUGGUGAGAAAACUGCAACACGUGCAAUCCUAUAUGAGCUUUAUGAUAAGUACUCAGAAACAUACUGAUCCAGGUAUUUACUGCUGUGUAGGGCCAGAUCACUUUAUGGUAGAGAGGAGAGAUGUUACUCUUUGGUGCAUGACAUAACCCUCCUGUUCCUGCAGACUGGCAGUGUGGUCAAGCAUUAAAUCUGAUACGAGGUGACCUGGUUUUACAGAGCCAGAGCCCCUGAAGUACUUGCAGAUUGCUCAGCACCGCCCACAAAUAUGUAUUCACUCUCUUUGUUAACUUCGACUCCCGGAGACGAAACCACUCAGAAACCAUCUGUGCUCAUCUUUAAUUGUCUAAAUUCAAUGAUCAAUAGGAAUCACAAACAUUCACAUUCAGUGUUUGUGUCUCUUCUCAAACACUUCUUGGUUCUAUUUUCAGGCCGACUGUCCAAAAGCUGAGUGUUUCGAGUCUCUCUCUGCGAUGGAGCUGGCCGAGCAGAUCACCCUGCUAGAUCACAUCGUCUUCAGAAGCAUUCCUUAUGAGUCAGUCUCCUCAUAAUACUCUCACACUGAUCUGCAUCAGCACAAACAAUAUGAAUCACCUGAAUGGAUACUGCUCAUUAUGAGACCAGUAAAAGCAGGCUGUACCCCACAGCAGCAUCAGAGAAAAGAAGGCAGACUGAUGACAAUUAACCUCAAACACCAGCUGUUGAAAAGCUUCAUUUAAAGUAAUAUGGAUUCACGCAGUUUCCUUUAAGGUUGGUUAGGAACAACCUUGUGGAUGCUGGAACAUACGGAGUAACAUCUAUUUAAACUUAACAGAAAGGAUUUUUGUAUCAGUGUUUGAAUUAAUUUCACAUAUUGAAAAGUGUAGUGUAGUGCAAGUCCAGUGUAAAAUUAAGUUAGGGUCAAACACACUAUAACACCAAGUUAGACACCCCGCCGAGAGAUGAAUGUAGCCUACCGCUUGCUUCUCUAGUUAUACCAACUUUAGUAACGACCACACGAUAGCAAUACACAGUGGUCUGAGGAGCCAUAAACAAACCUCAAUCAAAGCCACUCUAUAGUCACAAAAAAUGCUCAGAACAGCACCUAACUUCAUCAACAGUACAUAUAGGGUCCUAGCCAUAGUACUAGCCACCAAACAUCUUUUUAACUUCGCCUAAUUUCUUUAGCAAAGAGACUAAACACAACUCACCUACUCUUUUCUAGUAGCUGCUUGUUUGUAGCGAGACCUCGGGCCAGUCCAUUACAGACUGCUGUGGGGUGACACAGCUCAAGGAAGAACAUUUAUGAUCAUUACUUUAUAGAAAUGCAAUCAGACCGAGACGCUAAGGCAGAAGAACUACCGUGUCUGCAGUGCAAAAUGAUUAAUAUGAUGAUUAUUACUUCAAGGAAAUGAUAACGUAAUGAUCAUAAAUGUUCUUUCUUGAGCUGUGUCACCCCGCUUAGGUCAGUAAUGGACUGGCCUAAGGUCUCUGUACAAACAAGCGGCUGCUGGAAGAGAGUAGGUGAGUUGUAUUUAGUCUCUUUACUAAAGAAAUCAGGCAAAGCUAAAAAGUUGUUUGGUGGCUAGUUCUAUCACUGGGACCCUAUAUGUACUGUUGAUGAAGUUAGGUGCUGUUCUGAGCAUUACUUGUGGCUAUAGAGUGGCUUUUUGGUUGAGCUUGUGGCUCUCGAGCCCGCUGUGUAUUGCUGUCAUGCAGUCGUUACUAAAGUUGGUAUAACUAGAGAAGCAAGUGGUCGGCAACAUUCAUCUCUCGAGGGGGUGUCUAACUUGGUUUUACAGUGUGUUUGACCCUAACUUAAUUUUAUGCCGGAAUAUCCCUUCAAGAUGACACAUUACAGCAAAUCAAAGCUGAUUGUAUCCUGGUCUAUCGUAGUUUUGUUGCCUGUGUCCCUUAAAAACUUGAGAUUUUUGUGUCUUAGUGUGUGUGGGAUCUUACAAGUCUCUGUUCCCCCUUAUCCAGAGAGUUCCUGGGCCAGGGCUGGAUGAAGGUAGAUAAGACAGAGAGGACCCCAUACAUCAUGAAAACAAGCCAACACUUUAAUGAUGUAAGUUCAGUGUGGCUUUUUUCUCCUUUUUGCUCUCUGACCUGUCCGCAUAAAGUGUUUGUUCCUCUACAACCUGCAUAUCCUUUUUUUUGUCCUCCUAAAGAUGAGUAACCUGGUGGCAUCACAGAUCAUGACCCACACUGAUGUAGGCUCCAGGGCCAGCUCUAUAGAGAAGUGGGUUGCUGUGGCCGACAUCUGUCGCUGUCUUAACAACUACAACGGCGUUUUGGAGAUCACGUCUGCACUCAAUCGCAGUGCCAUCUACCGUCUGAAGAAGACCUGGGCUAAAGUCAGCAAACAGGUUCAGUAAUUAAUCAAAAAUAAGUAUUAAAAAUUAAACAUGACUGCAUCAAUAAGAAAACACACAUCCAGAAAGCAAAACUGAAGUUUGCAGCAAGAAAAGGCUGAGAAACAACAAAUUGAAUCCAAAUUAUGAUGAUUUAAAGCUUCCUCGUUUACAGAUUUUUCUUCUCCUCCUGGUGGAAUCAAUAAAACACAGAGAAGCAUUUACCUGUAAUGUUAAGUAUCUGCUCUUAGUUUAAUUCUGAUGCAGCCUAAAUCGAUUAUACUCAUUAUCAUCCAAUCACCAGACCGUCUGUCUCUCAACAAGACAUGCUCUCCGUUCGGGACCGAAGCAAAUUUGAUUACAUUGUUCUUUAACAACCUUCUUUUAUUAAGAGUAACUAGAUCUCAGGGUUAAUGCAGCUGCCUUAUUGUUCCAUGUGCUUGAUUAUGAUGUUGAUCUUGUCUAGACGAAAGCCCUGAUGGACAAACUGCAGAAGACCGUGUCCUCUGAGGGGAGGUUUAAGAAUCUGAGGGAGACUCUGAAAAAGUGAGAUUUUCCAGAUGUUUUUUUCUGAGAUAUAUGUUGAGUAAUGCAUACAUAAGAAUAUAAAACAUGUUGUUUUAAAAAGUGAAUUUUCUAAUACACAUUAUUGCUGUUAUUUCCUCUUUCAGCUGCAAUCCUCCAUGUGUACCAUACCUGGGAAUGUAUCUAACAGACCUGGCCUUUAUCGAGGAGGGAACUCCCAAUUUCACAGAGGAAGGACUGGUUAACUUCUCCAAAAUGAGGAUGGUAGGCGCAAACAUCCGUUGAUUAAUGCACAAACAGACUGAAAAUCAAAUCAUCUGUACUUAAAGUGUGAAAAUUAAAUUCUUCAUGUGUUUUAGAUUUCCCACAUCAUCAGAGAGAUCCGACAGUUUCAGCAGACUCCGUACAGAAUAGAGCAUCAAGCCAAGGUAAUUCUCCCCACUCACUCACUUUAGACUUCUUUUUUUUCACACCAGUGAAGUGCAUUUUAGUCCACAAGAGAGUCAUCAAAACGUCAGGGUGUAUUGCAGCAACAUUAAUUUACAUAGCUGUUUUUAGAAAUACUGAAAAGUGCUUUGCAGUGGUUUAACAGAAGGGGAAAUUUAAGAUAAAACCAAGAGGCUAGUUUGUAUUUUUAAAUCAUAACUUUUUUGUGUAGUAGCAGCUUCAUCAAAGUACUUCUCCCAGCUUCUGUUCGGAGAGGAUUACUGAAAACCCCUUUAUGAGAGACCUUUUCCAGUAUGUCUGUUUAGAGCUCAAUCAUGACUCUGCUGAGGCCAUCCUCUGUUGCUGCAUCAAGACACUCAACUUUCAAAUCCAAUAUUAAACCCCCUGUUAUUGUGUUUGCCAAAUUCAUUCAACCUCUAAUUCAUUUAUUGGAAAUGAGAAAAUAAAGCCAUAAGGGUAAAUCUAAGUUUCUGGUCUAUCUCUGAACUGCCUCUGAUGUGUUUCGUCCAGGUGACCCAGUACCUCCUGGAUAAGACCCUGAUUAUGGAUGAAGACACCCUCUAUGACCUCUCUCUGAAGAUCGAGCCCAGGCUUCCUGCCUGA